GAGGAGUGAAUGUUGAGUAAAUGUCUCAGUUUAAUUUUUGCAGAUGUUUGCGCUCUGGUUUAUGAAUAUGUGAGACCUGUGUGUGUGUGUGUGUGUGUGUGUGUGUGUGUGUUGGGGGGGUAAACAGGGUGGUUUGCUUAGUGGAAGGAGGAAUUUCCCCCAGCAGUCCCCAUCAGUAAUAGUGCCUGUAAUGAGCUGCAGCUGUCAGCGUGGUUUCCGCACACACACUUACACACACACACGCGCGCACAAAAACACACACGUGUACACAGCGAGGAGGAAGCAGUGACUCACGCAGCAGUGUGCCGUCACACUGUAUGCUGAUAAACAGAGAAACUCAUCAGAGUUGCAUCAGACACUAGACACAAACAUUUCCUCAGAAAUACCAACUCUAAAAAUAUCAGGGAUUUACUUUUCGCAUUACAACCUCAUGUAAAGAAAAUAAAAACAAACUGUUUCCUCCUCUUGCUGCUAAGUACAGGAAAAUAUAAAGUUGGAGCUGUCUGCUUUUUUGUGUGGAAAUAAUAAUCACAGUAAGUCUCCAUUAAUCAUAUUUUAAUUAUUUCCCUGUUUUUCAUCAUUUUGCAUUACAAAGUCCUACAUAAUAGUGAGCUGCAUUUCUAACCAGUGUCUUGAAUUGUAAUCAAAUAAAUGCAAUGACUGACUUUCUGAUCGGAGGUUUAGCUUGUUUAUUUAAAUACAUGCUGCACUGCAGCACCCUUAAGAGCCAGGCAGGUGAACUUGGUUUUCAUUGGCUCCUGUGGUUGGAGUCCCAGGAUCAGAGAGCUGAUUGGUUCCUGAUAAAUUGGAGCCAGCUCACAGCUCUGUGGUGACUCUGUUCUCUAUUUAUCAUUCAGGCUAACAGACACCGAGGAAGACCCUGAUCUGAAACACACAUUAUGAUGUGAGCCAAUAUAAUGACAGUUUUGCCUCCUCUUAAACUUUGAAUUUAAGAUUUGUGGUUUUUAAUUUUAAUUUUUUCUCAUUGUUUUCUCUUUUACAAUUGCUUUGCGUGUAGUUGACAUGAGCUGUUUUUUUUGCAGAGAGGUGUUAUUAUUUUCAGGCUUUAUAAUGUCUAUCUGACACUUGACAUGAUUUAAGGAUCAAUUUUUAAAAAGAUCUUGUGUUGGUGUUUUUUAAAAUCUUUCAAUCUAAAACACCUCACCACAAAAACUCCAAUCUUCAUCACUGUUUUUAUCUCACUUCAAAUAAACAAUGUUUUAUGAGGUUUGAUUUAGGCCACGUUUACCUGACAACUCCAAAUAAAUGUCUCAUUUCAACAUGUCGUUUUUUUAAAAAUAAAAUAUCUGCCAAAAGACUGAUUCAAGUUCUUGAAAUAGUACAUUUCAAAUCAAGGCACUUAAAGGUACAUUUUUCUUCUCUUUUUAACUCAUGACUAAUAAUUUGGUUCUCAUUUUUUGGAGGGUAAAAUCAUGAAUUCUGAAAAUUUUGGGGACUUUUCUGAUAUCUGUAGCUUCAAUCAAGCCUUAUGAAGAAACCAGAAAUGAGACAAAAAACCAAGAUUUUCACGUUUAAGAUACCAUGCCCCCCUUUCACUCUGGACCCAGCUCUUCUGAAGCCUCCUCCACUGUUGUCAUGCUUUCUAUUUAAAGUGGCAAGUUUUGAAACAUGUCCAAUCUCCUGGAAAGUUUUGAGAGAGACAAAAAUAAAACUCCCUGCAACAACAAAAUCUACAAUGGAAAAGGGUUUUACUAUUGUGCUCUGUCAGGUUUAUGUCACAAAUCUGGUGUCAUUCUUGCUUAGUUAGAGACGUUUUUUACAUGUCGUCCAGAUCAGUGAGUAGCAACUUUCCCCGCUUUAACUGAUAGCAUCCAUUUUUUAUCUGUGAGAUACAACAAAGCAUAAAACCACUUCUUUAAAUCACAAACAAUGCCAGCUUACCCGUGACAUGAAAUCUUUUUCUUCUUUGAAGAAAGUUGAAAGUUGAGUUUGAGAACUUUGUCAAUACUUGACAGAACCAUCUAAAUACUUAUGAAUAUUGGUGAUAGUUAAAAAAAAAACAAAAAAACGCUGUCUUUAAAAUGAAUGUUAUUUUUGCUUUCAUGGAAAGCUCUGUUCUUAUCAAAAAUACAACGCUUAAAUGUCACCUUUGACUACUGUUUCUGGUAUCAGAUUUUUAUUUGUAACUUUGUCUGCAGACUUUGGUUAAACAGCAUAAAUGCAAUUACAGGACGGAGAUGAAAGUCGAGUGCUAUGAUCUUGUUUAUUUUAUUUCUUUUAUUUGAAUCUUUGCCUGUGCCAGUGUUCUCGUCUUUUUAAGGUAAAGUUGUCAGGGGAAACCUGCUCUAGUUAUCUUGCUAAAGAAUCAGUCCAGAUGACACCAGACCUUACACAAAUAAUUGUUUUAAUUUGACUUUCUCUCCUAAAAUCUAAACUCACACGAAGAGUCACACACAAACUCUGGAGGAACAUAAUAAAAAGCAGAACCUCAUACCAGCCCAGCUGAGUCACAGCUUUGUGUUUUGACCGGCCCGGCCCUCCGUGACCUCUGCCAAUUUUUUAUCUCAUUUCACUCCAACUUUGUAGAUCAGACUUUAAUUUUGAAGCGAGGACCACGGGACAGUGAUGAAUAGGCUACAUCAAGCAGGGCUUAAAUUACCCCUCUCCCUGGUGGCAACACUGACCACAAGGAGAGGUGUGUGUGUGUGUGUGUGUGUGUGUGUGUGUGUGUGUGUGUGUGUGUGUGUGUGUGUGUGUGUGUGUGUGUGUGUGUGUGUGUGUGUGUGUGUGUGGUGACCUAGUAACAGCAGACAGAGAAAGAAAGAGGGCUGGUCAGCACUUGCCCUCUCAACCCUGCUAGCUCCGCAGCACACCCAAGGAGGCUGAAGGGGGGAGGACACAGGGGAGAGAAAGAGAGAGAGAACAAGAGGGGGGAGAGAGAGAAAGAGAGAGAUAGAGAGCAUCCACUCCAUCUUUUUCAGCUGCUCUUGUCAAUGCCUUGUCUGGUUUUUGGUGGGAGUUUGUGAGUUUUCAGGUUAUUUGAGGAGAGUCUAACCCUGGCCUCCUUUUUCUCUCUCCUCUUCAUGCAGAUACAAGCGCCUCCUUUUUUAAUCAACACCCCCACCAGCCAUUCUGCGCUGGGGAAGGCAACUUAUCCAGGUCAUUCAGAUAUCAAUGAAACCCUACCACCACAUAAUAAAAAAGCUCAGGUUGAGAGUGAGCGGUUACACUUCCUCACAUGACUGUAACUUAGUCUCUAAAGUGACUACUUUUACUUUAACAUCUGUGAGUAUUUUCUGAGGAAAGUGUCUCGAUAAGAAGAAAAGCACUAAAAAACGAUACAAACUUUUUUUUUAUGGACUGCAUUAAGACAGCCGAAUGGAUGAUGUUUACACUGCAAAACUUUUAAAUCUUACCAAGUCAAUUUGUUUUAUUAUUAGCCAAAAUAUGUCAUCACGCUUAAGCCGACAGGUUCAAAUAUGAAUCCUAUUGCAAGAAAUCAUCGGCCAAAUUUUUCCAGUUACCUGACAUUGUUUCCAGAGAUGUAAAUUUCACCAGUUUUUACUUAUUACAAUCAAUCCAGUCUUUGUUUCUGGCUUGUAGUGACAAUCCUCUGCAUAGCCAGCCCUGGCUUGCGUGUGCAGAGACCAUUUCAAAGGUGCAAUAUUCAAAAAAUAUACUGCAAAAAUAUUCAAGAACUUCACUUUGCAAAGGUGCAUGCUCCUGAUUACUUCACAUGAUUGUUGUUGGUUAUGUUACAGCAGAUAAUUUGUAGGGGAGACUGGGAACAGUUGCAACAAGGAACGGUUACAACAAGGCUUAUUCUUCCAAUCAGAAACACGCUAGAUUGAUGACACUGAUACUAUAACAUUUUGUAUAUUCAAUUAUAAUUAUAAUAUCAUAAAUAAUACAUUUGAGACAGAAAAAAAAAAUGAAAUUGAAUGGAUUUGUGACAACCGUCCCAGGGGUCAGUUGCAACACACUGAAUUUGCCUGGUCCAAAUCAUCUCCGAGUAAUUGAGAGAAAAGCAAAAAGUGUUGCAACUGUCCCCAGUCUCCCCUACGUUUGCAUCAUUUAACCCCCUGGGUUAAAAGUCCCCACUCUGUACUUCAAGUACAUCAGAGCACUUUUUGUUUUUACUUGUGUAGAUUAACCCACUGGUAGUUUUACUCCUUCUUGAGUACAAUGUCAUGAAAGUAACUGUGCUUUACCUCAAGUAUAUUAUAUUUGGUUCUCGUCCCACCCCUUAAACAGUCCGUCUCAGAGUGAGGUGGGAAAAGCAGGAAGGUUUGGCCCACAGCCACAGAGAGGAAGAAAACCCAAAACAGAGACAGAAACCAGAUUUCUGUGAGGGGAAAAAAUAAAACCAACGACAGGGGUGUAAACCCACCAUUACAGAGGGGCUGCUAUUAUUUCUAUAUUUCUUAAGAUAUGUUACAUAUAGUGUCACUUUUAAGGCACAUUUUUGAGGAAAUGUUUGGAGCUUUUGUAGUUUUAUGAUGUGGAAAAACAGUCAGUAUUAUAGUUCAUGGUCAUUUUUGAAAAACACCUUUUAUCCGGGCUAAAUUUCACCAAAAUAUGCAGCUCAUGUCUUCACACACUCGGCACAUUAUUAUCUUGCAUAUUAAUUGUUCAUCGUCCCACUUUCCCUCCUGAGCUGUUCAGUCACAGUGGGAGGAGGUACAAGGAUGUGUUGGGUGAAGGAGACAUACAGUAUCUCACACCGUUUCUUUUUUUUACAUUUUAUUUUCUACCCCGGCUGCUCUGCUGACUGACCCUACCCCCCCGCUCUUUAUCCAGUCUACUAGAAACCAGUGUGCCGUGAAGCCGGUGCGCCAUGCCGCCUCUCCAUGCCAGUGUGAGCAUCGAAAGAGAGGAAAAAGAGGUGGAAAAAAGAUGAAAAGGGGUAAAUCAUCAGAAGAGUAGAGUGGUGGAGCCUAGAGAUAGACCGCAAUCAUGUUUCCACUGAACCGACAGCAGCUUUCUGUGUUUUGAGGAGGGGGGAGGCAAAUCUUUUACACCCACAUUGGACUCUGGGGGCAGGGCAAAUAAAACGUUUUUGCAUUUUCCUUCAUAAGUCACAGAUCACUUGAAAAACACUUGGAAACUGGAAAUAUCAGGAAGUAACUACUUGUAGUAUCUAGUGUUUGAUAAUGUUACUGAAGUUUCCCUAUGGAAAAAGGGUCAAACUAUUGAACACCAAAGGUCAGCGUUUUGUACUGAACUAGACAACUUUUCUUGCAGUAAGUGCAUUUUUAAAGUGAAUUAAGUCAAAAUUAUAUUCUUACUCAACAGACUGAUCUGAGUCAAGACCAGCUCAAAACCAGACAUGCUGGAAAUGGUACGAGAGGGAGACGUUGACACAAGGAUUAACCAAUAGACUUAGAAACGACUGUUUCCUCUCUCAUCUGAUCUAUAACAUUGAUAGAAGUGUUUUGUGUGUGUGUGUGUGUGUGUGUUUUUUCUAUCAUGGGCGACAACAGGCAGCAAAAGAAAAUGAAAAGUUAUGUCAGUUUUAAUUUACAUGAUUAGAUUAUUUUCAAUCCAAAAAUUAGCAAGUAAUCUUAACCCAGCAUGCAUGAGGAGAUCUCAUAAAUCAGAUACCGACACCAUUGUAAGUGUGGGCUGAUUACUUCUUUUUUUUUUAAUUCAUUUUUUUACUUUAAGCAUGGAGAUAAAAAAAAAAGUUACCCAUCGUUUAAAUUCACAGUCACCUAAAGUUAAGAUAGGAGAAGAAAAACACAACCAAAGGAUCAAUGUUACAUCUCAAAAGUGCUUAAUUUGGUUUCAAACCACUGCUGUGGUUAAGUUAUCACACACCUACAGAGAAAAUGCAGCGUGAUAAUCAAACUGAGCAUGCGCAGAGUCAGUGCCACGAUAUCUACUUGUUUCUUGUUGGAUACAUUGAGUGUUAAGAUUGUUCCUGGUCUCCCCUACUCUAAAGUGACAUGAACUGGAGGAGUUUUUUUUUUUUCUUUUUAGCGAAAAUUGGAAGAAAAAAAAUUCCUCCUCGUUUCAUACCAAUUUUAAAAGAAAAAAAGAAACAUAAAAACACUUGUGUGUCUGCGUCUAUUGCGCGCGUCGUGCCUGGAUGUAUAUAAUGUUUUAAAGUAUCUUGUGCCUCUUUUUGUUUAAUCCUCCGUGCCCCUUCACCAAAAACAACUCCUAUAAAACCAAUGGAUUAAAUUCUGGACCCACUCACUGUGGUACGAGCACUAAAACUGUGCCAUGCUGUGCGUCCGCGGAGAGGCUCUGAGCCCCGAGUCGUGCGUAAAGACUUCAGCUGCACAAGGUUCAACUCCCUUAAAUGCAACCCCCAGCUAAACACACGCGCGCGCGCGCGCGACACGGUACUCUGGGGAGGGGGGGCAUAAAUCGCUGACCUUUAUUUUGUGAAACAGAGGGGACGCACACUCACACACUCGCAGUUUCUUUCUCUAUCUAACCCUCUCCCUCUAACACACACACGCGCGCACGUGAAAUUGCCUCCUGUGUUAAACUUGAAGGCGGUAGUACGUAUGGGUGUGUGCAUGUGCUCACCUGGAGCCCCGGCCCCCUCACCUAUUGUUGGAAUCAGGGUUGAAAUUGUUUAUGCUUAACUUUCUCACAUACACAGCCGCUUCCUGCGUCUUUAAAUAGAGUCUUUGGCUCAAACACAUUUAGAUAUGAGUCACCCUCCAUGCUGUCACAAUAUUUCUAUGAGAGUCUGCCUCUAUAGAGUCCGCUGCCUGUAAUUCCAGCGAACUUUAAUAUGUCGCCGCAGAUUCAUUUUCCUAGCUGUGAGAUGCACAAAAGCGGAGGAAUAAAUCAGUUCAUCAGGAAAAACUUGUGUGUCACACAAGCGAGAGAGCAAAGUUUAAUAUCAGCAGGAACGUGAACGCAGCUUUAUUCGGGGGUAUUUCUCCCACAGCAGGCCCAAUGGGAGGAAGAACAACAUCUGAAUUUGUUUUAUAUUUUGCAGCGCGGUGGUUUCAUUGCAUGACACGAGACGGAGACUAAUUAGACGGUUUUGAUAUUAAAAAAAUAGCGUAACAGACAUUUUUUCCAAAACAACGGGAAAAAAAGAGGAAACAAAGACAGACACGUCGGUGUCGUGCGCAAAGGAAGUUUUUCGAGAACUUACUAUUUUUUUUUUUUAUUUAUCAGGACAAUAUGACAGAUUAAAACUAAUCAAUCAAUAAAAAAGUAAGAAUUUUGGCCUAAAAGAUAUGCUGUUCGUAAUGUGACACCAAUAGUCUCUUAAAUUAACCCAAACACAAGACAGUGUGAUGCGAUAGAUGCCCUUUAAUGAAAUGACGCACACCUCUACCUGCUCUAACACAUGCAGGAAAUAACUUUUAAGAACACACCUCAGUGUUUAAAUGGUUUUCCUAAAUUAUUUUUUUUAACUCGUUGAAGUUUAAAAUCAAUCCAUCCUAAAUUAUGAAGUGUUUCACAAAGACAUGAUCAAUGUCUCCAUAUUUCGAUAACUCUCACUCUCUCCCUCCCUCUCUCUUCCUUCUCCCUUUUCCUCUGACAACACACACUCACACAAACACUCGUGUUUCGCGUUCUUACUCCAUAUUCUCACACUUUUAAGUAAAUAAAAAGACUUAUUUUCGACAAAAAAUACUAAAAGAAAGGAAACAGUGGCUACCUAAGAAAAAAUACCCCCAAUAGAAAUUUGAAACAUACACCUGAACAAAAUGAGCAAAUGCUUAACGUGCUUAACAUCAGCUUUUGAGACACCGCACACUCAUUUGCUUCUUUAAUGCAGCACGACAAGCAUAAACCGACUUUAUAUCACAUCAAACAUUCACACUUAGACUGAGUUUUAUUACACACACCGCUGGUGGAAAAUAAAAUGAAAGACUGAUGGGCACAGUCAAUCAUUUAAGAAGAGUAUCAGCAUCAAGUUACAGUUGAACAUGUCUCUGAUCAAACCCGGCAUAGGUUUGAGUCCAGGUCUUGACCAGACUCUUGUAAAUAUCUUGAGUACCUACAUAUUCAAUAUUGCGCAUCAGUCUGCGCUGCUUUAAACUGCCGCAAAAAAGUGCAAAAAGUGUCCGGUGUGUUUUUGUGAUAAAGUCCUGGGUGUCUGUGUAAAUCAGUGCCUCUCUUCCCCUUCCCUUCUCUCCCUCUCUGAGGCUGGGUCCUUUGCGUAAAGGCUCUUGUCUGUGCCCCCAUGUCUGAAUACGGCCAACAUGACAAAAGAGUUUAAUUUGCAACAAACAGCAAGAAUGUCAGUGCGAGUAUCCAAGUGCGCAACACACAGAAUAAAAGAGGAUAAACGAGCCUCAUUAAAUCAUAUUUUUUCAGCCCGGUGAUAAACACCAAAUAAUAACUUUAGAUGAAGUUCAUAUAAAUUGUGUUUUAACAGUUGAAAAGAAAGGGGCUUCUUUUAUUUCAGUCCAAUUUCCUGACAAAUGUGUUGAAAAUGUUGCGAAGUAAACUGCUAACCGCCACACAAACACACUUGCUUCAGCACCUCACCACAUUAUCCUUGAUAAGAGAGUCGAGUCUGAUUGUGUCCUAAAUUAUACGCGGAGUAAAUAAAGCUUUUUGUUCCGAGCGCAAAGCUCCGAAAUCCAGGCUAAAGUAUUUUAAGCCACUGCAAAUGUGGUGAAGGAAAAGUAUUUCUUCUUGUGGAAAUUCUGGGACAUAUGUUCUUGUAAAUAUUAGUGAGGAGGAAUAAAGAAGAUGCCGCAGAAGAAGAAGAAGAGCAAGAAACAGAAAGACUCCAGCUCCUCUUUGAUGGUAAAAUGGGAGACAGUAACGCAGCGCGCUCCCUGACGGCCGUUUCAGAGAGUGGACUGUGUCAAUCAGACCGAGAGGAGAGCUCUCCAUCGCCCACGUGCGCGCGCGAUGCAUGUAUUUGCGCGUGUGAAUGAGUGUUGUGUUUGAGUGUACGCCGCGGGUGGGAGGGGGUAUUGUAGUAUCGCAAGGAAUGCGCGCGGCAGUUGUGUGUGUGGAUGUGUGUGAGUGUGUGUGUGUGACACUGAUGGAUGCGCCAAUGGAAAGACGGACAGAUGCUUGGGCGGAUCUAACGGCAUGCAGUGGAGGAGUGGCGCACACAGUCGCGGUGAGAUUAGGGAGAAAACAUCCUCGAUCGGCGGAGGGUCACAAAUCAUCAAUUCUUCCACCGAGCCCGGUGAACAGCGUUGGAACAGCGGCGGGGGAACGGACAGACUCCCCGGUUUGACCGAGGAGCGACACGCGGAGGACGGCUGAGGAUCUGAUUCCCUCGGCGGAUCCAGAGAAGAAAGCAGUUUCUCUGCUUAUUGACGAGCGUGAGAGACGAGGCGCAGCGGCAGCACAUCUGGCGCAAAGGGAGUCAGGAGGAGAGAGGAAGACAGCCUCUGGCUACUUACCCUUACUGCUCACCCUCCUUCUUCCAUCUCGAGUCUUUUAUCCUUUGUUUUCGCCACCGUGAAGCCGCGUGUCCCAACCUGAGGAUUGUCUGAAAAAAAAAAUACAGGAGAAUAUUUUUGAUAAGCUUCACCAACUCAGCUGAAUCACAAAACUUUUACUUCCACUUCAAGGCCAGUAAAAAAGGAGCAGUCCUUUUCAGCAAUUAAGAAUAUCCAUCAUCUCAGCGGAGGAGGAUUUUCAACUUACCUGUGAGGAGAAAAGAACUUUAUUCCACAGAGCGCCAGUCAGAGGAAAGCGUCUCUGCCGCCGCUUGAAGCGCAGGAAGGAGAGCGGAGCGCAGUGUGUGACUCGCUGCGUGGCUGAUUUAAAUAGCUCCUAUCAGGCCACGCAGAGGGGAGAAAAGUACCAUCAGCGGCCAACAAAGUGUUUGGCAGAAGGCGCUCGAGCUCGGCUGAUCCGUGCGCUCCAGCCAGCCUGCAUGCAUGGGAGCAGCCUGAGCCCUCCUCCUCCUCCUCCUCCUCCUGCUGCUGCUGCUGCUGUACAUUAUUACAACAAGGGAGACCCAAUCAAGCACGUAUCUCAUCGAUUCACGCACACACAGACACACACGCGCGCAGCAACGCUAAAACGCACGUGCGCACACACGCACACGCGUGCAUACUGAGUGUGUGACUUGCCCUCAGCGGAUUUUUCAAAGCACUCUCGGACAAAAUCUCGUAGCCGCGCCAGGCAGGCAGGGCAGCGUGUGGGCGACCAGUCCCGGUCGUCACCUCCUUCUCCUCUCCCUCCUCCUCCUCCUCCUCCUCCUCCUUCUUUUCCUUCAAGAAUAACAAACUGAGAAAGCUGCAUGUGUUUUCUUUUUUUUUUCUUUUUUUGGGGUCGGGACUUGCCAAGGGGCGAUUGGAUUUUUAUGAGAUGAUUUUAGGCACGUUUCGGCUGCUUCACCUCUUGGCUUUGAAUCGUGCGUGAUCAGCGGGAGGGAGAAGAGAGAGCUCAUGGAUCAGCCCGUAAAGUAAGUAUUCAUUUCCGUUCAGAUCACACUGUCAACCCGCGCUUGCUUGUAAACGAUCCUGUAAGUGUGUGUGUUUUUGUUAGACGACCAUGUGUCUGCAUGAUCCGUCCGCAACAUGACUGACAUUACGCACAUUUCAAAGCCAAAGCAGAGCUCCUUAUUAACCCGCUGCUUCGGAAUAAACGGCUGUAGAAAGAGGCAGUGAAUGACAGAAGGAGAGUGAGAGGGGUGAGAGAGGCAGGGAGAGAGAGGGGGAGAGAGACAGGGAGCUACGUGACGCCUCUGAGCGGCGGAGAGGUUGAUCCGUAGAGGAGCCUGCGCAGGGCUUCAGUGCUGUCAGCUCUUGAUGUGUUGUCCCCUUGUUUGCGGACUUUUGACUGACGCGAUCAUUUGGUUUUAUCCCUUCAAGCUUGCCUGUUGCAGCCGAGUAAAGAGGAUCACACGGAGACACCAGGCGCUUUCCAGCCUCCUUUCUGUGUUUUUCUACCGCGGAGCUCCCUCUGUUCCUGAUUCCACCGCGUCCAUCCAAACCGGAGCGGGCGAGACAGACGCCGACGGAGAGAGGGAACAGCGAACCGGGGGUUUAUUCCCCCUUCUUUCUUUUUUUUUAUUUUUUCACCCUCCUCGCAUCUUCUGGCUCUUUCUCUUCUGAUUCUUUUUUUGUGUUCGAAAACUGCACACCCUCCCCUGCUUACACCCACCUACCCCGAUCUAUGUGGGAGCCCUGAGAGCGCACCCAGGGGGGGAAACUGUGUAUCAAAGCUCCGAGGAUCCCCCAAGCAACCUCGGAUCACCGGGGACAGAGAAGAACUCCCCGCCGGGCCCCUGCAGCCGACAUGCCGCGGAGGAAGCAGCAAGCGCCCCGGCGCGCCGCAGGUACGAACUGGCUUUGGUUGACAUCAAAUCUACCUCUCUCUCUCUCUCUUCUUCUCUUCCCCUACUCUCUCUCUCUCUCUUUCUGUUUGUGCCCCCACCUCCCCCAUUCACUUACUUUUCAUUGAUAUUUCCCUCCUCAGCCUCAUUGAAACAUUAACAUCUUCCCUUCUGAAGAGACAAACAUGGAGCUCUCAGUGUGCUCUUCUCUCAGCUCCAGAGCUUCAAACACAACUUUUGGUUUUUCAUGGACCAUAGAUCCUCUAAUUCCUGCCUAAAUAAUUUCUAUCACAACUAGUUACUCUGCUUUAGCGUCCACUACACUGCUGUUGUACCACGUUAGUGUUGAUUUGUCAAAUUCAACAGCACUUCCAAUUCUCUCUUCCUGAAAUGCGUUACGUAAACAUGACCGUUUCAUCUGUUUUAUUUUUGUGACCAUCAGCAGAAACUGAAAUAAUGAGUCCAUUAUCAGACUACUCAUCCAGAUUUUUUGAGAAGCUUUUUGAGCAAAAACGUCCAAAGUUUCUUGUAACCGUCCUCUUGUGUGAAUGCAACUAUUUCUGCUUUUCUCUGUGGUGUCUGCAAGUCCAAGAUCGCUCUGUGGUCUUCACUGCUUUUGUGUCAAACUACAAAUAUCCAUAAACUCAUCCUGAGGCUGUGAACAGGUUUCAUUUUUUUGUUUCACUUUCUCUUCUGUUUUUAGAUUUAAGAGGAAAUAAUACACGCAUUAAUCUAAACUGCAUGCAAUCCUAAUUUUAGUUUAAUCUAAAGACGCAAAAGGGUUUAGGUGUUUUCAGGCGUAACCAUUCGGUUGAAGUUAUCACUCCAUCCUCUCUCUCAAAGGGGUCAGAGGUCAGCGGCUGUGUACCAGUAGUCUCACUGAGAGUGUUAUAGGUGUAAAAAUGUGACUCUCUCUUCUCUCUUAAUCCACCUCUCGCUGGCGUCAGAGAAUUGGGUCUUCUUUUACCUCUUUCACCGUUCACGGUGCCUCCUUCCUCCUUCCUCCUGUGUUGUUAGUUCUUGACUGUACGGAUCUAUAGUGUGCAGGUUUGGGGAGCUCUGGGGUCAGCUGACUGUCACUGAGGCCUCCGAUGUUGUCUGGUUUUGGUUUGUGAAGUCGGAUUAACUUGAAUACGUGCAGAAACACUUCUGAGACCCCUGCAGAGGUGUGUUUGUGUCAAACACAGCCACACUCUGAUCACUACGGUUUGUCCCCUCGAUGAAUUUUGGAGGUGUUUGGACACAGAUUAUCAGGUUUUAUUGACCAGGUUCUGCUGUCACAUACACUUUACCCUUCACAUUUUUUAACAAAUAUUUCUUCGCUCACUGCAGCUCAUGUAUUUUGGACCUUAACACAGAAGUGCCUUUGAAAACUUUUCCUCCACCGCCUCUGUUUAGUGUGAGUCUUCCAUCUGUUUUCUUCUUUCUCUGCUUCUUCCUCGGUUUCUGGGAAAGACUUUUCUCUUCUAGUCUAAAGAUUAUUUCACGGCCCGGGGAGGGAGUGUAUACUGGAAGAGAGCUUUAAUGGACAAUUGCCAUCUUUGAUUUGAUGCCUGAUUGAUCACCUGUCAUCUGGCCGAGGCUUUGAUCUGUUCAUUCUCGAUAAGUGUCAAUAAAUCACCCCCCCUCCCUCUUGUCCCUUCUCCCUCCCUCCCUCUCUCUCUCGCCCUCAUCUCUCACUCAUUCUUGUGAAGGCCUGCUGAAGUCACGUCUGGCCUCACAAACUUCAAGUCAUUAACACCGUCGUUUCACAGCGUCUUUUGUUGAGUUGAAUUUCCUAUUUUUUUUCAUAACAUGGGACGCAGUUAAGAAAAAACAGCCUUUUUUCUGUUCUCAGAUAGAGUUUUAGUGUUCGUAUGAGAUCCUUUUUGAGACUGUAAAUGUGUGUUUUUUACCGAUUUUUAAAAACAAAUCAAAUCUUUUUAAGAAUCUUUAGCAUUCACACUGAAAUAUACACCUAAAACACAAAUUGUAUUCAUACAUGUUGUUUUAAGAUAAACACUUAAAACAUCCCGCACGGCCUUUGCGAUUGUAUUGUCGACUGUUCUGUGUACGCUCGCCCUCUUUUUCAACUUUCUAUAACUCUAAAAAAAGUCAAAAGCCUCCACACAGCACAUGCACUCCUAUUCUCACACACAUAAUUACAUUUGUGCAGUGGUGCAUGCACAUGCUGCAUGCUGCAUUGACUUUACAGUUCAUAUAAACCAGCAUGCAAUAUAUAAAUAUAUAUUUGCACACACACACACUCACACACACAUACACAUGCGGAGUGGUAUGAAAAAUGUAACUAUUAGCCUAAUCGUGAGGCGGAAGACUGGUUUGCUCCAUCAGAAGGAGCCGUCAGAGAGACUUUGUUUCAUAUUUGAUUUAAUUGUCUGCCCUCUGACAGCCACAUUCAUCAAUGGCCCUAAUGGUCAAUCAGAGGCUGGCACACAGAGAGAGAGUCUUAUGUGUUCUCAGCCCUGGGCCUUACUUGAUCAAAAUGUUUUAGCCCUAAUGGACACAAUGGGAGGGGGCAAAGAAUGGGUGGACGGAUGGAUAGAUGGAUAGAUGGAUGGAUGGAUGGAUGGAUGGAUGCAUAGCGGGAUGACUGAAAGCCUUUUUAUUCAGCUGGAAUGAGAGAGUGAGUGUGCCGGGAGAGAAAAUGAGGCAUUUAUUUCUUUGAUGAGAGAAGGAGAACAAACACGAGGCAGGCGAAGGAGGAGUUUCAUUUUAGACUAUUGGCAGCUUCCGAUUUUUUUUACCCCUCCUCCCUCCCUCCCUUGUUCACAGCUGCAACUUAUAAGGCUGAGAAGAAGUGCAUGGCACACAAAGACUGAUGACAAAUUGAUUGCGCUGUCCUGAUGGCAAGAGUUAUGGGAGGAUGGCAAAUGAUAGGCCUUGAUUAGAAACUUUGGGGGGAGCUGCACACCCCCCCGCCUUGUUUUUUUUUUUAUAAUUUUUUUUAUUGUUUCCACAGCUCAGUCUCCUCUUCUACUCUCUCUUUGUCCUCUUUUUUUAAGCCCCUGUACUCUGCACCUAAAAAACACCCCCUCUCUCCCUGAUGUGGUUACAGGCUGCAGGUCGUUCACAUGGAGCUCCAGUGAUUCAUUCAACCAUCAGAUUUGUUCAGAUGACAUAAACCCGUAAAUCUGGUUAAAGGUCAGAGUGUUUAUGGAAAGGUUCAUUUGGAUCUGCUGAUUUAGAACCUUUCAUGUGUUUUUCAUUAGUUAUUACUGAAACAGAACAUGUGCAGAUCCAAUUAAGUCUGCUCUUCUGCAGGGUUCUGCACAAGCAUGAAGAAAUAACCUUUCCUUUUUGCUCGACGCGAGGCCACAGUAUCUCUAUCCUCUUCCUGAUCUACACACUCCUUUUCCUCUAUCUUUCACACACACACACACACACACACACACACACACACACACACACACACACACACACACACACACACACACACACACACUUCCAGCCCAGCGACGGAGCGCACUCAGCUGUCUAAAAAGAGGAGUUGUUUUGCCAGCUUCAUUAGCGUUCUCCUAAUUAGCCGAGCAUCUGAUGGAUCCCUGACAGGCCUAAUGAUUGGAGAUGACAAGCUCCGCACACUGUCACGCUCGCCAAUUAGGUCUGCAGCAUAGUUGGAUGUAAUCAACUUGAUCUUACACUGUCCUCAUUUGCCCCCCCACCGCUCCCCACCCAUCCCUUUGCUUCAACCCCGCAUUGUGUAGGCGAGUCUUUGGACAGUGGUGGUGAAGUGUAAGUAGGAAGGCUGCGCGAUAAAUCACUAAUUUAUCCAUAUUUAAUGAGCGCACAGCAAAAAAUUGCACUUUCUCCCAAUAAAUUAGAAAAUGAUUGAACACACACAAUCAACGCGUUCUCUCUCAGCAUGAACAUCUGACCUGUCAAACCAAAGCCUGGGCAUAACGCUCCUGCUUUUGCCCCAUUUUGAUGCUUUAACCAGCAGUGAGCGAGAGCUUUCACAAAUACCAGAGGAGGUCUCGUAUUGAAAUGAAGCUAAAAAUAACCAUGCAGUAGUAGUGCGUAAAGACCUGGGUCACAGUAGGGGGCAGUAGAAGUUCUGUAUGUUGGUUACCACCCACCGUAAAACACAGGGGAGACAAAGUCGAGGAGCAGCUAGCUGCAGCAGUCCUCCGAAGGACUCAGCCACUCUUAAAACUUUUGUUUGAAGAUUUACUAUGAAUUCAAAACAACGCACACCUCUACAGGAGGGCUGAUGCAAUCACAAAUUUAAACUUUCUAAACAACCUUGCGGCCAUUUCACUCAUUUCUGUAAUUUAUAAUCUCUCAGAAGUAGCUUCAUUUCAAAAUAAAAGCAUGUUUUAUGCGACACAAAAUAAAGCAACCCAACUUAAGUGAUGAAAUGCUGAUGUUUGCUUGGGUUUGUUUUAAGCCCUGGUAAUGUGAAUCACAAAAAGGGCAGCGGACUACUUUGCUAUUGUUUACUUACCACACUUCUCACUGAUAUCACAACACUAAUCCGUGUCUUUGCGCAUCCUGUUUUUUUUCCCUCAUAUCCUGCAAAAGUCAGAUUAGCUGCUGAAGACCUGAACAAAGUGUGACGAAAACAAGAGAAAAGUUUGCUUUGUUUGAGGACAAUAGACUCAAAGUCACAAAAUAAAUAAGACACGAUUGUUCACUUUUGCUUGCAUAAAUGAAAACACAUUUAUUAGUUUAAUUCACUGUAUUUCUUCAUAUCCUGAGAAAAAACCUUUUGUAUCGUAGUAUUCUGCUGCCCUAAUGAGCAGAGGUGUACCCUAAAAACCUCGGUUCAUAUGUAUACGUGCGUGCAUACACCAUUUUCUCAGCAUGGAUAUUUAUUUUCACGGCGCUCCUGACUUCAGGAAAAGACAAAGCUCAGGCGAGCGGUGGUCUUUUGUCUGUGGGCUUCAAAGCGAGGCUCCACCAAACAGAUCAUUGUUAAAAGAGAGGAAGCUCAAACAUCAAACAUCAUGUAUAUUAUUUUUACUUCUUUUUUCUUGUUUACAGCCUCAAGUUUUACUUGAUUGCACAUGUGCAUGUGGAAAUCUAUUGUUUUAAAGCGGCGCGUGAAGGAAAGAAGGAUGUUCAGCAGUAAGUGGCAGCUGCAUGGGGUUAGAACAGCAUUGUGUGUGUGUGUGUACAUGUGCGUGCAUAUGUGUGUGUGUGUUUCCCUCCUAUGAGCCGGCUGCUGCAGAUUGAUGACGUUGACACUGGUCAUUAUUAGCUACUCAAUGACACUUUCCCAGAGUGGAAACACCUAUCAUCAGCAUGGUGUCCAAAGAGGCUAAGCAUGAUUUAUGUAAAUAUUAACAUCAAGACAGAUCUGGUUCUGUCCGACAGGAGAUAGAUGGCAGCCGAGGAGGAAAAGCAGCUGAUUUCUGUGAUUUCUCUGCCUCCGCCUGUGAGUGUGUGUGUGUGAUUGAUUGUAGAUGAGAGCCAGAGAUUAAUCAUGCUUGAUGUGUGUUAACGUUGCACUCGCGGUGGAUCUAAGUCGAGAUGCAGUGGCCCACUUAGAUAUACUCACACACACACGCGUGCGCACACACACACACACGUUUUAAACAAGGAUUUGCAUGCAUAAAAGAACAGGACAUUUUCUCUUUUAGGGUACAUUUUAUGAGAGAUGAUCUCUGUGUAGCAGAUUAUGUUGAUCUUGUUAAAAAUAAAACAGUAUAACACUCUUUUUUUGUUGUAUCACCGCCUCUUAUACAGUUUAGUGUGAAGCUUUAGCAAUAAAUGAAACAUGUCCAUAUAAUGAGGUGAAUAAACCUUGUUUAAAAAGAGACUUGAUGAUUCUGUCAAUGAUCUUAUAAACAGCAUUUUCACCACGGCUCUUUAUUUCAGGUACUUUUAGCUACAGGAACCAGAAAAAAACACACCGUCUUUAUGUCUUUUUACGCUGUGAUCAAUAAUAGUAAAAAUGUGUAUUUUUAAGUGCUUCUAUUAAUAUUGUGACGCUAACCUGCUUUGCACCAUUUAUAGCCGUGUGUAGAUAUUUUCCUGCAACUGGAAAUUUUUAAAAAUGUGAGUUUUGGAUCAAAUAUGUCAUCUUUUCCUAGAUGUUAUUUUGAAGCUCAAACUAGCUUCUUGUCUCUUCUUUCACACUCCAGUUUUAAGUCAACCUUAAAACUUUCUAGAAUGAUUACUCAAGUCGAGUCUCUUUUUUUUUUUUGACUGGAAUGAGCGAAAAUAAAACAGGUUAUUUUCUUUGCAGUUAAUCUUAAAUAAAGUUUCAUGAAUAUGAACAGUAGGGAUAUUUUAUUUCAUGCCUUUUAACCUCAAGAGAAAACUCUGCUUUGUAUCGGAUAAUAGACUAGAUGAUCGGAGCUAUAUAUCUCUGUAAGCCAACUUUUACUUUUCUAAUGCAAGAAAUCAGCAAGGUCCAAGGUCUUCUUUAAAAUAUUCUAACCUGGUAAACAGUCAACUUAAAACCUAAAUCGCAAAAUAAAAUUCAUGUUAGCUGCGUAAACAUGAAAAAAAAAAAAAAGAGUUUAAUAUUUUUGUCUCUUUUUUUUGUGUCACUUCUUUAUUGUCUAUGUCUGAUUUGUUGAAGAGUUUUGAGACUAGUUGUAUCCAGUUGAUAAAAGUUUCUGGAUCAUGUCUCACAAACUACACAUCGCUGAUCAUUCUCUAAGGCUGUGUAAAACUUCCACACUGUCCGCAUUUCACUUAUACUUCCAUGUUUGUACUUCCUGUGCCACAAAAAUGCUGUUUCCACCAAUAAUGAAGGGAUUCUGCAUUCUGAAAAAGGAUAUUUGUCACUGCACAUGGUGUAUACAAUAUAUAUUAUUAUGUUUUGCUCUAGAGCUCAAUGAAAAAAGAUUGAAACACAGAUACAAAAACACACACACAUGCAUCUACACUCUUUUACCUGCAUGAGCUCAAAGCAUGCAAACACAGUAGAAAAAGGAUGGGCCAAAGUGUGAGUACUAACUAUGGGGAUAGUGCACCAUGCAAUAAACAGUAAGAGAAACGUGAGUUUAAAAGAAGAUUAUUACAAAUACAGUAUAAAUGUUUGCUUCACUGAUUUUUUAAGCAUGGAUCAUUAAAGAUAUUUUGAACUUUAAUCACUUUAUUUUGCACUAAUCUGUUUUUCAGUCACAGUGAAAAUGUACUCUGCUAGACAGAGAUGGUAAUUCCUGUAACUUUGAUUUUCCCAUAAAAGAGGUGUAGUUACAUCUGCUGAAUAUUAAAAAUGAUCAACUGGAACGAAACAAGGAGGGAAAUGUCUAAUCUUUCCUGAUAUGAUGACUCACUACACACAGAUACAAAGUCAACAACAAUAGGACUUUUUAUUGAGAGUGCAAGAGCUAAAGGUUCGACAGCGCAGUUUUGCCCACCUGCUAACUGAGUAGUAGACGUGGUUAACUGCACCAUCAUACUGUUAGCUCAGUAAAAACGAUCUUCUCUAAUAGAUGAACACCAAAACCCAAAUCUGCCCUUAAGCCCGUCCCUGACGACAACACCACAUUUCCUAACUUUUGCAUGUACGCGAGGCUGCAAACCCUCUGAGUCUCAGUCCCUGCGUGCCAGCCUCAGCCCUGCUCCCUACAUUACUUUGUGUGGAGUGAGUCUUUCCCAGGCAGCUAACUGACAUUGUGAUUAGUUAUGGCCCUCUUCUGCUUUUCUCAGUGCUCCUGCCCCACCACGCUCUGCCACAAUGAACCCCGAGACGCAGACAGAGAGCAGAUAUAAAGUGGGAGAACUGUUGCAUAGUUAAAUAUUCUAUCAUAGGGAAAGACAGAAAGGUAAUGAGAUUGUAAAAAAGAUUAUGUGCGCUGGAAAAGAGAGAGCAGGAGCGAAUGAAAAAGCAAGCGAGUAGACAAACGACAAUCAUAGAGAGGGAGACAGAGGAAGAGGGAGGAAGAGACAGGGAGGGAGGGAGGGAGGGGAGUAGAGCCCCCUUUCCUCCCCCUCCGCCCUCCUCCCUUCCUUUCCUUGAGGAUAAGUGGCUGAUGGUUUAUAAACAGUGUUUCUUUCCCUCCCUCUCCAAGAAUCUUCCGUCAUGGCUCCCAUUAGGUUGACAGCUGUCAAUUAGAGCUCCCUUGGUCUGGCGCUCUGCACUUUAUUGCAGGCAGUUGAUGCUGUCAUUUUGCUCCCAGUUUCGCCUUGAGCGUUAUCACGAGCGCUCAAACAGUCAAUAGCUGAUGCAUCAGCAGUUAUUUCUUAAAUUGGCUCACAAGGCUGCAUCCUUUCCUCAUUUUUUUCACCCCCCCAAUUCUUCUCCUUCUCUCUCUCCUCUCUCUCUCUCUCACUCUGUGCCUCCUCCCGCUCUCCUUUUUUCUCCCCAAAGAUUGUUUUUUGUGAGAAGUGAGCAAUGGUGCUGUGCCUGUCGAAGGGUGCAUGGGUGCACACAAGUGCAGAGAGGAUGCACAGAGAGCAGAGAGCAAAAAAACAUACAGAGGAUACUAAAGAUAAAGCAUCUGUUUACAUAGUGACUUUGUACCAUGAUUGGCUGCAGCUAGAAGUCAUUUUAUUAUUGCUGCUAAAAGUAAAAUUGGGACUGUAAGCAAAUUGAUAUGAAUAAUGAACAGUGUUGACGGAGUAAAAGAGGAUUUCAUUUGUUUGAAAUAGAUGUAACAUCUUUUCAUGUUUGGUCCUGGAUUAUAUUUCAUUAUUCUUGACAUUGUCCUUUUGUCUUUGUAAAAAUAUCUUUAAAAAUCUGUAGAGUUGAGGUUGCAAUUGCCAAUUUCUGAUUUUAAUUUAUGCUGCAGAUCCUAUAGUAUGUGCAAUGCAUUACAUAUUUGCUCCGAGGUGAUGUGCACCACAAGCUCGGAGAUAAUCGGUCAUAAUCAUAGGCUAGCAGUGUGUAAAGGAUGAUAUAAAUGAGGUAAAAAGGAAGGUAAUGUUAAAACAUAAAUAUAUUCUUAUAGAUAAAUAUGGGUUCAGGUCAGCUGCAUAUUUUCUCUGUCAAAUUAUGAUAUCAGUGGAAAUACUGAAGAACUUACUCUUUUAUACGCCUCGAUAUUUUAACUCUUUAAAAAUGAAAUCUCUAAACAUUGUUUUUUUCAAAACGCACACUUGCAGCCAAUAAUAUAUGCAUGUAUGCUCUGCUAUGAUAUAUAUUUUUUUACAUUUUUAAACUCGCAUGCUUCAGAUUUACAGCUGCAGCUCCAAACUAACAGGAACAAAAAGCAGAAGAAAAAAAAACAGCAGCAAAGUUCCUCUGAGCUCCAACUGCUUGGUUUAAAAUGUUAGAUCAGAAUCAAACAAAUGUUCCGCUUCAUACCUCUACAUGCUCUCUCAGUUUGGACGGUGAACUUUGGUGGGCUGUAAUGAAACUUAAGCGAGGUAAACACAGUAAACAAAACACCUUUGCUCUGUGUUCAACCGUGCAGACAAUACACCACAUACAUGUGUGGCAAUGCCACUUAGAGAAAACACACACAGAACUGCAGGAACACAGUUUACUGACUCUGGGAUUACAUUUUAGAAAAGAAAAAAAAUCAAAAACCAACUACCCUCACAAAAGUACUUUACACACCCUCCUGUCUUUCAAGUCAGCCAUCCCCUUAUUCUCCAAAACUCCUUUAAUUCUGACUAAAAACAGAAAGUCAGUCCAGGCUCUGUCGGGGUUUCUCUGGUGGUCACUUGUGGAACUGCAGCCUGCAGUCGCUGCCACAGAUGAAUGAGAAAACGCCCAAUGUUAAAAAGUGAUACACUCAUCCUCUAAAGCUGUUUUUUGAAGAGUCAGCCAAGUUGUCAGCUGUUCCCAACAUGAGGAGCGGCCUCAGUUGGUGGUUAGCUUUAUUUUUAUAGCAUGUACAGCUUGGUAGAGGGUAAAGUGUGUGUGCAUGUGUGUAUGAUUGAGAAGGAUCGUGGAGUUUGAGGAGCAAGCUAAGCUAAGCAGGACGACAGUGUCAAGACAAGGUGUGUACGUGUGUGUGUGUACGUGUGUGUGCGUCUCUUGAGUGUCAUCUGGGCUCGGCUCCAGCUCAGGGUUUCUUCUUACCCUCAGUGGGGGUUGCCUUUUUGUCUGCAAUGAAUGUGCGUGUGUGAAUGUGUGUGUGUUUGCAUGCACGCUCGUACAAUCAGAGACCCUCGUUUCCCUUUCCCACGCAGGCUUUGGCUGAACUGAGACGCGACUGGCAGCCAUCAGUCUUGUGUGUGUGUGGGAGUGUGUGUGGGAGUGUGUGACGUUGGCUGUGAUGAAAGGCAGGGGAGCCAGUGAGGACCUGUCUGAGGCCCUGGUAAUCAGGGCCAGCCCAAGCUGACAUCCUCCUCAAGCUGACAGUGCCUUCCUCUCCUCUCUUCACACACUCUCACAUGCACACACACACACACACUUUAACACACUAAAACACACUGAAUGGUCGGUCUGUACUCAGCCACAACAUAAUCCAACAUACCUUUGGACCUUUUUUUCUUUUGCGUCUUUAAAGUUUCUGGAAACUCCAAACCCAAAUGAGUUGGCAUGACCAGAAACGAAAGUAAAAACUUUUUACCACAAAUUUAAAUGUUCACACACUAUUGGAAAAUGACUUCUAUGUUAUUGUGAGAUAAUGCUCCAUCCAUUUAUGUACUGUAUGUUAGAGAGUGAAGCCAGGACACACAGUUUUAGUUAGCCCUUUGUAUUUCUCUUCAGCAACAUAAAAGCCUUUUCACAGGACUCAUUUUUACACCGAUUGAAUAUGCGGUCUCUGUAAAUAAAAUAGACACAAAGCCAGAAAUUACAACACAAUGUCAAACAACAGUGUAUAAGCCUCAGUAAUGUGAUAUGUAAGCAUGCUAACCACAGUAAAAUAGAAACAAACUUAAUGUAAUUCGCGAGCCAUACUCAGUUGAACAAACACACAUUUAAAAUAUACAUGGUUAAUACACAAAAAAUGGGUUAAAUCCCAAGGAUCCCGGACUGCCCAAACAGGUGCCUGAACAAAAACGUAUUUAAAGUGGUUUUACACAUAGACAGAAAAAUAAAACAUAGGGAAUUUAUAACACACCCUAAAAAUGAACAAUACUCACGUAUAGCAACAACAAACCUAAACUGAGCGCAGUAAACAAAAAACAUAAAAUGAUUAAUUCAAUUAGAUCAUAAAUGUGACACAACAAAAGAAUAUGUUUCACCAUGAGCUUUGCUUAUUUUUGUUAUCUGUGUAAUUAUUGCACUCUAAUUUUUCAGAUGUUUGAAGAAAACAUAGCAACAAAAAUAGGAAGGGAAGAAGUCACACAGCACACUGCCAAAGAGGUCCAGAUAGGAUACAUGCAUGACCUCCACAACAAUAUUGGGUGAGGAGAGAUGGAGGUGGGGGAGUUGAUGGAGGAGGAUUGGAGGGCUGCACCUGCAUCUCAACCCCCAAAAAGGGAACAUGAAAAGUUGUUUGCUAAACAUGGACGAUUUGCCAAUUCAUUAGCCUCUUGCACAUUACUCAACUCAACUCAACUCAACUGUAUUUGUGAACCACUUUAAAACAACCAUAGCUGAACAAAGUGCUGUAUAUAAAUAGACAAAACAAUACAAACAUAAAAACAAUCAAAAAAAGAUUAAAACAAUGAAUAAAAUAAAAGCAGAUAUUAAAAAGUAAAAUAUAGUUUCAAUGUUUUUAAAAACUAAUUCAAAAACAUAGAAACAAAUAACUAAAAACAAACCAUAAAACACUAAAACAGGAGCUGAGUCUCAUGCAGGGUUGAAAGCCAAUGAAUAAAAAUGGGUUUUAAGAUGAGUUUUAAAAAUUCCGCACAUUACAUGGAACAUUACAGUUCCAUAUCAGUGCUGGGACAGUUUCCCCAUCACUGCACUUGUGCACUUACACAUUUGCACCCAUGGACAGCGUGAGGUGAAUGAUUUAUUGUGUGAUUACACACCGCGUUAUGUUGUUGUGGAUGGACGACAUGCCCUACAUACGGAAACAGAUCGGGACGUUUCAAACAUCAUUGUCAUCACAGCCUUUGUACUUGCAUUAAGAAGGACAUAGCGCAAUAGUUUUGCUAGAUAUCAUUGCUCAUACUCGAAGGUCAAAGGUUACCCAAAACAGGCAGAAAGAUCUGUGUUUCUACAGUCUGUGGUGUGAAUUAUUAGCUUCACUGCUCCCACAGUUUUUGGAGGUAUUGUAAUAUUUGGUUUGCUUAAAGAAGAUGUGCAGAAAUACAGAUGAAUUAAUGCCUCCAUCUGUGUGUUUAUCGGAAGUGAUGCAUAAAAGAGCCUGAAGAGGUGGAAGGACUCCGCCUCACCAUUGUGCCUCCACGUUACACAACACAGACGAGACAUAACAGGGGUGUAAAUACCCCACCUUAAAAUAACAGAAAGAUACAAGUUUCCUAAGUAACUAGCACAAUGUAAUAAAUCACACAUUUACAUCCACAUCAAACACCACUUUGAAUCAGUGUUAGAAACAAACUAGCAUUACCAAAAGCACAUGGUACGUCAAAGUCAGCUGAGUUAGGGUUAAUAUUAUGUCAGCUGUUUUUGACUUGACCUAUCUUCUGGUAUUACACCAGGUGAUGUCUUCAAGUUGGUGUCCUAUGUACACUCCAGUCCACGCUGCUCUGCUUACAGUUUCCAGCAGCUGGUGGAGGGGACUUCUCAAAGCCAGGACGAGCCUACACUGCUCUGCACAGCUGGAGCAGACUCCGCUCUCUGCACAGCUCUGCUAGGCUAAAGUUGGACCAUGAUGCACCCGCCCCCACCCCCCCUAUAAGAAUAAUUAGUCAUCUUCACUCAACAUAAUUCAGUGCAUAUUUUAACAAUGAGAGUUAAUCUUUACAAAAAAAAAGUAAGAGAAUAACUAAUGAAUGCUUCUUGUUGAAGUAAAGUGAAGUUCCUUUUCCAAUAGACCUCACUGCAUGUGUGUUAUCUGAGGAUUUAUGGGCGUACACGCAGGGUUUGAAAUGGUCUUUUAGGAUGAGGGUGUGGCAGGAAAUGAAAGUGUAAACUCACCUCUGUAUGUGCGUUUUAUCAGUUUAGUGCACGUCUGUGUGAGUGUCCUUGUCUGUAUUGUUUGUGUGUAUGUGUGUUUGAGUGUGUGUUUGAGUGUGUGUUUUCAAAGAGGGUUAGGACAGAGGAAACAGGUGAGAAGGAGAAGGAAGAGAGAGCGAAUGCAGUGGAGGAGAGAGAGGAAAAAGUGAGAGAGAUGAGAGGAGUGAGGAGGAAGGCUGUUUUAUUUUAUACUGCGAGGGCCUGUUGCUAAUUAAUGUUUCUUGGUCGGUUUCUGUCGGAGCUGAGUAAUGUUUUUGAUCUUUAUGCCUGAUAACUGCAUACCUAAUGAGAUUUCAAAGCUGGUGGAGAUGGGAGUUGCUGCUCCCUGCAAUUAUUGACAGAUGCCUUUUCUCCGCCACUGGCUGCCGCGCCAUAAAUCCUUCCUCAGUAAUGAGCUUGAGAAGUGCCACCCUGCCAGUGAGCUAAUGAAACCGAGCAAGGGGGGCCGCCCGCCUGUAUGUGUGUGUGUGAGUGUGUGUGCGUGUGUGUGUGUGUGUGCGCGCGUGCAAAGGGGUGCAUCACACUUCUCUGACACAUUUUUUUCUCUUUAAAUGCACUCUGCAGAUGUCAGCCACCUCGCCUGCUAGCGACAAAGAGAGAAAAGAGGCAGGAGAGAGAUAGUGGUGGAGGAGAAAAAAAGGAUAGUAGGAGCUUUAGCUCUCUGUUUCUCCACUUUAUGAGAAGUUUGAGGGUGGUGCUGGGGGGGCGCUCAGGUUACAGCCCCAUGUUAAGGCUAUUUGUCUGGGUUUGGCUGUUUUAUUUGAAAUACUAGUAUCUCUGUUGCCAAACCGGACUGUGAUUGAUAUUGUUGCGCCCCCCUCCGCCGCUCGCCUGCCCGGAUCCAUCAGUCGCUUCUCUCUCUUUUUCUUCCCCUUUUCCUCGAUGAACUCUGCCUCUCUGUAACUCAGCCAGAGAUGGCAAAAGGCUUAAAGAGAGAAAGUGGCACAUGAAGAAAGAAAAAGCUCCGGGAAAAGCGGGAGGAAAUUGAAAAGGAAAAGCAGGGCGACCUUUUCUUUGCUCCAAACAUAUUUGUGCAGACAGCACGUCUGGUGUUGGUUUCAUGUAAACAUGAGCUUCCAUAUCAGACGGCGCACUGAUGUGGUGUGUUUGCACGUUAACAGGCACACGUAUGUUUGUUGCAUGCUUUUCCAGAAACCAAAGAAGGAGAGCAGCGAGCAGACGAGUGUCGUCUCACUGCCAAACAGUCGAUUUCCCCCCUCUCAUCGUCCACACCAUACAUCACAGACCCACCCUUCCCUCCUGACACAAAGACGUGUGUCAUUUAUCAAACAGGGCCUUGCCAGGGCCUCACGUGUGUGUGUGCGUGUGUAUGUGCGCAUUGGUGUGUAGGGCAUUCCUUCCUCUGCUGCCUCUGAGGUCCACUUCUCCGGGGAAAGAGGGAGAGAGUGAGGGAUGAAGAGUGAAAAAGAGUGAGAGAAGCAGACAGAGAGAGAGAGGGGGGGGAUUACUGGUGCUGAAUGAGUGAGUGAGUGAGUGUGUGAGAAGUUGGAGGAGUGCAGGAAGAAAUCAUUUGGACUACUUUCCCUAAUGUUCUGGCCUGACUUCUUUCCAUAUCCCCUCUGGGUAAUCAGUAAAAAAACACUGUCUGCAUUUGAUAUUGAUAAAGCAGCUUUAAACACUAUUUUACACACAAUUACUCACAUAUCACAUCAUAAAUACCUAUAGAUUGUAAAUCAUACCUCCAUUAAUCUCCUUGAUGCAUGUGCAGGCAUGCUCUUGUGUGUUUGUGUGUCAAUAACAAUCUGUGUAUGUCUCUCUCCAUGCUCAUGUGUCUCCAGGGUUGCUUGCAGGCGUGUAUCAGUCACAAUGUCUUAUCUAACACACACACACACACACACACACGCGUGCGUACACACAAACUCACGUCAAAGUCUCUCCCAUGGGUUGUAGCAGUACAGUCCCUCUCUCUCUUCACUCCUCUCUGAUUCAAAGGGAGGCCUUAUAGAAGAUGGAUGCUCCUUAAAAAAAAUAGCCCGUUGAUGGAUAUGAAUCUGGCCCUGCCAUUCAUCACUGCUGUAUUAUUUAGACUGGAUCGCUACAGAGCUGUAACCUGAGCUACAGCUGCGAGUGGGUGAGUGUGUGUGUGUAUGUGUGUGUGUGAGGACACGGCAGGUGAAGGAGGCAGGAGGAGGGGGUGGGAGGAAAAGGGGACAGUUGGGGUCUCAACAAAGGCAGGGUGAGGAGAAAAACAGGAAAGUGAGGAGAGGGAGGGACUGAACUAAGAGGGAAAUAAAAGACAGAAGAAAGAGAUUAAAGGAUGUGACUUGAGAGGUCAAAGGUUAGAGCUGAUGAUGGACCAGAAUCUCUUCUGUUUGUGGACUCUAGAGGGAGUAGAUUCAGUCUUAUUUAAAAUCCACUAAAGUUACCUUCUACAUAUGUGCGCAAAAUUAAACAGUGUAGUUUGUUAGGAAACUGUGCAACGAUUGAAAGAAACCCUCUUGAAUAAAAGUGACAUUAGAAAAUCAGUUUUAGUUGCUAUUAAAUGGUGCAUUAUAUCACUUUAUUUCAUAGUUUUCUACAUAUAUUAAACACUUCUCUGCAUUUUCAGGCUUCUGAAUUUCUAAAAUACUCUGUCAAGCCACAUUCUUACUUGCACUUAACUCCAACCAGUUUUUUUUUUGCCUGAGCUACGAUAAAAAAACAAACAAAAGACUGGAUUUUCAUGCAGUCUUUACCUGAACUUUUAUGUGUAUAGGUACCUGCAUGAAUAAAAAGGAGGAAAAAGAUUCACUAUAGCAUCUGCCUCAGCUUUGCCUCCAUCUUGGAUUGUGUAUUGUAUAAAUUAAAUUUGUAUACAUAUUUAAGAAUUUGCAGAAAAUGAUAAUUGAAGAUACUUGUCAUCCCUCAAAAGAUUUAGGAAAAAACAAAACAUUCAAAAUAUGUUCAAAUAGUCUUGAAUUGUACUACCUCACCUCAAGUUAUCAUUAACUAGAUAAUGUUUAUCAUUUUAAUUAUAUCGCGUACAUGAAUCAUUUAACACUCAGAAAAGUUCACUUCAAACUAAAUCAUUCAAGUCAAAAGUUUAAUCACCAGAUCCUCGACUGUUCAGGUACGAGGGAACCGCAUGUGUGUUUUGUUUUGCAGCACCUUAGCUGGCCGUUGAAGGUCGAUCUCAGACUCUGAGAUUUUUAUAUAUCCUGAUUCUCAAACAAGUUCAUCCUCCCGCUGUCUUUAGCAACCACUGCUUUUUGAUUCGGCCUACAAAUUGGCGCUUUUGGGGCAACAUCCCUCUUUUCAAAGCUGGAUCAUCUCCGUGUGAGUGAGAAUGAUUAUAUCCUGAAACACAAUCUGUUACCAUCGUGGUGUUUGUGUUUUGUCUCCUGGUGCUGUUUAUUCACAGCUCAUGCUGCUAGCUUAGCUUGUUGUGAUGUGUGAAUACCGCAUGUGUUCGCAGUGGGCAUGCGCAACAGUCUUGAUCAGAUUCAGGGAUUGACAUCUUUUACUUGGUUGUUGCAAAAUGAGUGACAUGAUAUUGUCAUUUCACACAUCCUGAAAAUAACCAAUAAUUAACAAUCAUUUAGUGUCAUGUCCUGUGUACUUUCUGACCUCCUGACCCCACUCUCCAUUCCCCCCUCUGAAUGGGAAAACCUCAGGCUAAAAUAAGCAAUUGAUGGAUAAAUUCAGGUUAUGAAUUGUCCCUGUGUUUCCUGAUAUUGUCAGGAAGGUGUGUCAGGAUUUGGGUUAGCUUGGUAUGUAAAUGUGAAAGUAAACUCUCCACCCAGGAUCAGUUUGGGUUCAGUGUCACUUCAGCACUUGGACUGCAGGAGCGGGCCUUGUCAUUGAAUGGAUGGUAAUGAUCAUUUCUCUAAUUGGUGAAGCAUCUGCAGUUUACAACCAUCUUUUCUGGUCACUCUUAAUCUGCUGGAGCACAUGAGGCAGUUAUGUAGUGAUCAUGCUGAGAGUGGCAGAUAAUUAAAAAACAAGACCUCACUGCGGACAAAUCAGUGUACAUACAGAAGAUCAUACGACAAGAGUUGUUGUCACUCUGCAUGUAUUUGUGGAACGUAACACAUGUUUCAUUUGGAUGGUAGUGAAGUGGUUGACUGGUAAAAAAAGGGGUUGAUAAUCAAACGUACAUUUGGAGUGAUUCACAGUCACAUUAGUCCAUGCUUGCACGAGAGAUAGUGAAGUAUGAUGGAACAAAACAAACUGGUUUGGGCUCAUUUUCACACUCCCUCCUCACGCACACAUGCAUUUUAAAUAAGAAGCGUUACAUUUGGGGAUUUUCGCCAUGCUCCCUGCCUCCCUCCUCCUCUCCCUCUCCUCUAUCUCUCUCACUCUUCCCAGGUUUCUAUAGCGCCAAGGCAGACGUGGUGAUUUAUUGUGGCCAUCCAUCUCUCGUACUCAUCCAUCACCGGCCGGUUGCUAGGCGAUCAUGGCAGCAGCUGUUUGCUUUUGAGUUCAACAGAGGGGCCGUCAGUCAGCGGCGGCAGGUGAAAAGCAUUAUGAACGCGCGUUGUCACGGCGAAUAAUUAAUCAAAGGCGGGAAAGAUAAUUAAAAAGAUAUGACCCUUGUUGGUACUUGGUCCUGGGUUUGCCCGAGGAGGGAGGGAGUGAGGGAGGGAGGAAAGGGAAAAGGUGAAGAGGACUCUUUCUUUGUAGUCGCUUCUUUUCUGUAUCACACCGCUUGAGUUCCUUAUGAUCUAUCCGUCCUUUAAGCAAAUCCAUCUGAUGAUUUUAGACUUUUUUCUGUAGCUUCAACCCCCCUCCCCUCUCUCAGCCACUCAGAGGAACAUGGAGGAGUGUAAGCAGUGAGUGCUGAUAAAACAGACCCUCCUGUUAGUCAGUGGCACUGCUCCAUUUAAUUAGGAGGAGAUGGGCUGGAAAAGAGAGAGAAAGGAUGUUUUUAAAGGUCUGGCUGAGAGAAUGAAGGAGUGCUUCAAACUGCUGUGGAUUCAUCUGUCACUUGCAGUGGUGCUGGUACAACUGCAAACAUUUGCACCACACCCACAGACAUCCACCUGUUAGGUUAAUGAUCCAUGACUGGUUAUUUUUAGAUAGUUUUACAGAGCAAGAGCAUAGAGAACGAUAAGACAGCUUUUUGCAUGUAUGAAUAUGGGUGACACCAUGAGAGACUGUCUCACAACUUUUGACUCUAAUUUUUGCUAUUUAAGCUUUGGUUGAAUUGUUCACCUUCAAGAAUUGUCCCUGUUUCAUCAGUAUCAUCUUCAAAUUGAGGGUUCAAGUUUUGGGAUUAGAAUCAUGAAAGUUACCGUGAGGAAUGCAACGCAGAAAAAAACAUGAUGAUGCAGCACAAGCUCAUAUGAAAUUUGAAGUGGUUUGCCUUUUUUUGUUUAAGACUUUUUAGACUUUUUUUUAGGACAUCCUGACCCUCUUUCAUUGAUAGUUUCUCAUGUCAUAGCUAUUUUUGAUUUGGCGAGACAGAAUGCUGUGUAGAGAUUAUGGCGAUGCCAACGACAACAUCACUUUACUUUUGUACGAUUUAAAUUAGUUUGAUGGAUUUUUGAAUAAAGUGAAAGGCAUUUUAACAUAAAUGAAGUAGGCUGCAAUUUAUGUCGAUGCCUUGUAAUAAUACAGCAAACUAACAAGACUGUUGGAUUUUGUAAAAAGAUACUAUUUAAGUACAAACAGCACAAUAUAAGCAAAGACCGCUUUGUCCACGGGGGGCGCCAAAGUUGACCACAACUAAAAGUUCCUCUCACAGGAGCUUUAAUACAUUUGUGCGGUUCAUGGUCAAUAAGUGAGAUACAUUGGAGCUGGAAAAUGUUGGGGUGGACCCUCUGAGACUAUUACAAGCAUAAAUUCAUAAAUUUCUAAAAUAAAGGAUAAAUCUGCAGGCCUUGUUUUACCGAGCCAGCUCUCUGGGGAAGAGGGAAGUAACUAAAAAAAUUACUUGGUUUAUUGGUUAUUUAUUGUACAAAGGAUAGCUCCAAAAAAGGAAGACAAAUGUAGCUUAAGAAAAAAAAAAAUACUAAAUUGACCAAUAAAACAAAAAUACAAAGAACUGAGGGAGAGGGGGCAAUCUACCUACAAUAAUCCCUGAAAAGUCGUGAAAUCCCAAGUAAGAGCUAACUACACAUACAGAAGACAAGCUGGUUCCAACAAAAUUAUAUAAAACAACAUAUUUUUUUUCUGUAUUUGUGGCUUUUUGAAUUUUGUAACAGUGAAAUAUCGCUGUGAUCCCCAGACAUAUGUUCAUAGAUUGUAACUCUUAAGUGUAAAAACAAAGUACUCAACAGAUAUUGAGGUUACAACACAGAGAUUUCUUCCAUUUGUUUUCUUUAUCAAACAACAUAGAAUAGCAGAGAGGUGAAGGUAAGGAAACUCAUGAUGGUAAUUCAGAAGAAAAGAGUGAAAUUUCACCUAUUCAAGUGAAACACACAGACUGAGAGUGUAGAAACAGAGACAGCGGCAGCAGCAGCAGAUGGAGCAUCAUUCAGCAUUGAGCAUUUUGCUUUCUACCUUUUCUGCCACUCUUCCAGGAAUGAUUUAGCCCACAGCGUUGCCCCAGGUUAUAACCAGUCUCACUGAACUCGCUCUCUUUUACACACUCACACACAUCCUGCCUUGUAAACAUCAGACAACCCAGUGACACAGAAAUAAAAGUCUCUGUUUGAUUGAACCAAAUGAAAGAAAACAGGCUGUUUAAAGACACACCAGUACACAGAAACACAAGCAACACUCAGCUGGAGUUUCUAAGAGAGUGUGUGUGUGUGUGUGUGUGUGUGUGUGUGUGUGUGUGUGCCUUUCAUUAGCACUUAUAACCCAGUCAAUAGUCAGUUGAUUGGUUAACAUGCAGCUAUUGAUUCAUUGACUAGUAUAAGCUCGGGUCUUUAACUCCUCCCCAGACACAGCUGCGCUUGCUUUAACCAUCACUGUAUGAGUCAACUCUCUACUGUCACAUUUACUGUUUAUUACCUUUAAUUUGGCUUCUUUCAGUGUGAAUAUUCAUGAAACACCAUCUCAUCUCACCAAGAAUGACCGGAGAGGUGGGGGUUUCUGAGGGACCCAUGAAUUGUUGAGGAUUCCUGACCUCUUAUCAGCCAAAUAUCAAAAAUGUGUGUUUUAAUAUCUCCCUUGUGUCAUAUGGGCUUCGUUUUACUCGGCUGCACUGUCACCACAUGGCUUAAGCCAAAGCAACCAUUACAUAUCUCAGCUAAGAAUUUCAGAUAUUAACAACCAUAGAUCCAUCUUCCCUGACCUCCAUCAGGGGGAACUGAAGCUGUGUCACUCAGGAAUGAAAGCAAAAUGAGAUAUCCAUUAUUCAACGAUAAAAGAUUGCUGAGAUGAAAAUUAGACUCACUGUGAAACGAUGCACCAGGUUUUAAUGUAAAAGAUGGUGGGAUGCAUUUAUGCGUAUAUUAAAAUCAGUAAGCACUGGCUUUGAGAUAGUGUCUAUCUCAAAGCAAAACAUUUAAAACACUUGAAACCAAAAUCAAGACGAUAACCGUUCAUCAAUAAACAAAGAUGAAAGGAUUAAGAGCAAAAACACAAGACUGAGAUCAAAAAAUCUGACCCUGCGUUUUUGUCUUGAAAGAGACAGACUAAAUUAUCAGUCCCGAUAUUAAUCCAUCAUAUUUCUAUUAUAUUUAUUUAUUAUAUAUAUUUAUUUUCCCCCACUGUUUGACUCAGUCAUACUCCAAAUUUCCUCAAUGCACUCCUGCAACAGGAUAAGUAUUUCAGUGCUGAUUUUUGUAACUUUUCUGUAACAAGUUGUUUGCAAUGAAUGUUUCUUUUUCAUUACCAUGUUUUUUCUCCGAGCAUGUCAGUAACCGAGUCACAACCAACAACUAAAGUGACAUUCAUUUAGUAUUUGACAUUUUUGUCUGUUAACUUUGAUUGGUCCAAACCUCAGUAUAAACAAGUUAGGGGGCAAGAGGAAAGAUGUUCAAUUACUGCAAAAGAAAAACAGCAACAACAAAAAAAACAUUAUUCAGAUGAUUGCAAUUGAAGUCAAAAUUAUCAAACAUGAUUAAUUACUUUUUGGGGGGUUAUCUGUAUCACUUUAACACUUUCAAAUAAAAAAGUAAAACUUUUAUAUUAUUUCACCUUUUUUUUCUUGUUUAUUAAAGUUUCCCAACUCGCUGGCCAUUCAAACUAAAUGUAUUAGCACCCGCUGUUUUCAUGCUCACUCUGUCCCUCUGCUUUACUAACACACACUCCUGCUCCACCUUCUCCUCUCUCUUACUCCACUCCCCCCUCUCAGACUUUGUUUUUGCAUCCGUCUGAGCUCAUGAUGAUGGUAACCUGAGUGUCCUGCUAUGAAGAAAAAAAGCAAAAUGAUAACAUCAUGGCAACAGCACAGAAAUUGUUCGGUUUCCAUAAUUUUAAUCCAAGUGGUAUGAGUCUCCCAGCCUAAGUAGAAAUCAGAUUUUGUCAGAUUAUUUUAGGUUUUGAUCUGAAAGUCAAACCUGUUUCCAUAGGUACUGCAGUGCAUCACACAUAAUGGUUGUGUUUUUAUUCCAAGUCUCAAAUUAUAACAAAUACCCCUAUAAAUGCUAAAUAUAGAGUGUUUGUUUCUGAGUAAUAUUGGUUAAAACAUCCAGCUAAGGCAGUAAAUCUGGGUAUUAUGCAAGUGAAAGUGUAAAGAGAGUGAAACACGACUUCACAAAUUAAAACUCUCGGUCCAAAAUGUUUGUAAUUAGUUUAAAGGGAAAAUGUUUUGACUCAAAUGUCAUGACUGCUACUCCGCGCUUUAGACUCAAAUCAAAUCUUAAACAGCUGCCAAAAGUCACACAGUUUGUUGCAAAGCAUUCAAGCUAGGUCCAAAUAAGUUCCUCUUUAUUAAACUGUGAUUAAGUUCAGCUUCUGAAUGAAAUGUCUCAUUCAUCAACAUGUGUGACACCAUAUCCAUUCAGUCUGAGCUUAUUCAAAGACCAGAAAAUGUUUCCUCAAGGCACAUCUUUUUCGAGCUGUCUGCUUAAAUUUAUCAGCGUUAAGUUUGAUAAAUGCAUUGAUUGUUGUGCUCCCACUGCCCAGGGUGAGGGGCUACAAAUUUAGUUUGUUGUCAUGUGUGUGAACGUCUGGAAACAUCCACAUACUCUUCUCACACUCUGAGACUAGAGGUAUUUUUACUGUGAGACCAUGUGACCAAAGGGGGUUUUGAUAAAAGGGGUUUCAGUCUGCCUCAUGAAUUCAGUGUCUGGAAUUAAAAACACACAAAAGAGCUCAGUGUGUUUUACAGAAAACCUGGACAUGAUCUGUGUGUUACACAGACUUUUUAGCAGCUUUGCCUGGACGUGUCAGAGUGACUCUCAUUGUGUGUGUGUGUGUGUGUGUGUGUGUGUGUGUGUGUGUGUGUGUGUGUGUGUGUGUGUGUGUGUGUGUGUGUGUGUGUGUGUGUGUGCUUAAGUUAGACACAGAAAAGGGUGUCACUGUCUGUCUUAGAGGAAACAAGAGUUUGACAAAGUCCCGACAAGACUGUGUGUUUAUGGAUUCCACAAACCUGAUACAAAUGCAGACCAGCACACACACACACACACACACAUAUGUGCACACACACAGAUUUUGCUCACAGCAUGUCUACAUGUGUGUGUGUGUAUGUACUGUGUGCUCAAGACUUAUGUUGUAAAUCACACUAAUCAAUUGUGGCCUGUGUCAAGACAUGCCAGACACAGCCAGCGGUCUGUUUUACAUUGGGGGAGUGUGUGUGUGUGUGUGUGUCUUUGUGUGUGUGUGCUGCUGUCACAUGAUGUCCUGCACACAGCUGUCACAAAUCAGUUAUAUAUCUCCAGCUUCACAGUUAGUGUCUGCAUCAUGUUGGUGUGCAUGAUGUGGAGUUUGGGCUGUAAAAUGGUCUGAAAAUGUGAUUUUUUUUAAGAUCAACAUCCGCUUAGCGUGAAAAUAUCGUCUCCAAAGAUUAAACAAGUUGUCAUAAGGUUUGUUAGCAUAGAGGAGUGUUUGACAGUUAUCCAGUCAAUAAACUACUGUCUACUCUGACACAUACACACACACAAACACACACACACACACACACACACACACACACACACACACACACACACACACACACACACACACACACACACACACACACAUACACUGUUGUUGUUUUUUGCAUUUAGACAAAAACCAAAGAGGAAAAAACACAAAGUCACACUUUGUUAUUGUGUUUUCAUUAAAUGCUUAGAGUAUUAACUUUGAUCAUUCUUGACUAAAGUGCAAAAAUUCACUCCUGCAUGGAAGUGGUGAGACACUGAGAUUAAGUUCUAUAACAUGUUACACAAUAGUGGCUCUUCUAUGUAAUACGAUGUGAUAUGAUGCAGAACAAGACAAUACUAUACAAUAUGAUUAGAAGCAGUACACACAAUACUAGAUAAUACUUCACAUACUGUGAUAUGAAAUAAUACAGUACAGUGCAAUUAAAGGCAAUACUACACCACAGGGUGUCACAUAUGUUAUAAUUCUAACCAAUACUUUACAAUAGAAUAUAGAUGAUAAGAACUUAAAAGCUGUGAAAAAAAGAGAAGAAAGUUCUAUUGAAUUUCCCUUUGGUGGAUCAAUCAAGUCCUUCUUAUCUUAUAUGGUUGAUAACAUAAGACAUGACAAGACACAAGAUGAUUUACAAUAGGAUAUCAUACAUUAAGAAACAAUAGGAUGUUACAAGUUGAAAUUCUCUCUGUGAUUUAUUUCCUUAUUGAAUUGCAUUUGAUUAUAUGAGUCACAAAAAAAUAAAAAAUAAACGUUUAAAGAGUUUGCCAACUUACUUUUUUUUUAUUUAUGCCGAAAUUAAAGAUAAGAACACAUGCCUUUAAACACCCUUCAUUCAGGACAUUUUCUUACACAUAACAUUGUAAAUGUAAUAAUUGCACAAAGUUGUGCGUAGUUGGAAACAACAUGAGGACAUUUUAAGGAUCAAGAAAGAGAAAGAGAUGAAGAAUAGCAACCCAUAAUGCACCUGUGCUUCAUCUGAGCAGGAGUUGGUGUUACAUAGAGCACAAAAAAAAUCUUACUCUUCAUUUCGAAUGCAAGUGUGUGCACGAUUAGCAAACUGUAGCAUAAAAAUGGUUUCAUGGCUCACUGCAUGAAAAUGCUGUCACAAAGUAGUGUAAGGUCCAAAUGAAGCUCCGUUUUUACUGGCCUGGUGGUGCCUUCUUUGUUUCUUAAUGUGAAACAAACUCUGAAAUGGUGGGGACUGGAUCAAAAUUUUGUUUCAUUUUAGUAUUGAGCUCUUCCUCUCUAGUAUUCGACCCGAUGUGCAGCAGCAAUUGCCUCCAAAGUGAAACACAUGAUUGAAAACUGUUGCAUGAAUAAAAAGCGCUGUUACACGUGACACUUUUGAAAAGAUAAUUGUGGGGCACUAAUGAGAGUGAAAUGACGGAAAUCAACAUCUUAUCUCCCAGAAUGGUGAAUAAAUCAAACAGGAUUUUAGGAAGUUUGUGUUCUCUUUACACUGACCACUUAAAAGUAGGGGGAAAAAACAGAUUAAAAUAGAUAAAGUUUAACUUUUUGUACGCAUAGCAUUAUCAAAAACAAAUUGCAUAGUUCCAGUAGUCUUUGCAUGCACAAAAAAACAACAUCUAACAUCAAAGAUGCAGCAGGCACAUCUUAUCAGAACAGUUUUCUUUUUGUCUAGCUUUAGAUUUCAAACAUUGAUUGACCUGCGUUGUAUCACAGCGGUCUUAAUUCUUUCUUUUUACCCUUAAAACUUAGUGGCCCAACGAUACAAUGUUGUCACGAUUUUUAACAUUUUGCAAUACAGUGAGUAUUGCAAUACAAUAUAUUGUGAUUUACAAUUUUUUUUUAACCGUUUUAACUAAUUUAGCAUUUGUCUUUCCUUUAGAUUUGUCUUAUUUACACUGUAUUUUAUUUACAUGUAGCACUUCUUGCUAACCUUUUAUAUAUUUGUUGUACUAAAUUUCUCCUGCUCUAUGAUGUCACCUCUGCCAACAUCACUGGACAAACAGUUGGUUUUAUUUUUCCAUUAUCAUAGAUUUAACUUCAUAUUAAGAAUUAAUUUGACAAAUCGAUACUCGGUCAGUGAAACAAUACAAUGCAUAACCAGACAAAAUAUUGCAAUACCAUGCUGUAUCGAUUUUUUUCUUCCACCCCUAUUUAAACUAAAAGCCUCGGUAGGUGCAGGAGCUGAAACCAGCAGUAGCCCACAUCUUAAUGUGCAAAACAUUACAUACAACUGCUUGUUUGCAGCAGGCGAAAAGUUUACUGAGUAAUUUUAAUUUUUUCUAUAAAACAAGUCAUAUAAAUAAAAAUAAAAUUGUGAUGUUGUGACAUGCACAGGGGAAUCCAAAAACCUCUGUGAUUCUGUUCGCUCCGCCCCAUUGGUGGAUAUAUCCAUCAUUCUGUCCUGGACUGCUCAGAGUCCUCAAAUACUUCAGAGAAUCAUUCAAACCUCAUCUUUACCCUGGAAAUGCUUCUUCACAGUUACAGGACAUGAUUCCUCCUUUGCUCAUGGGAACAUUUGUUUCUAAUCAGUCUAGAGUUACAGCUGUAACACGGACAGUCGCCUUCAACCCAACUUCAUGGAGUCAACGUUUUCAAACAUGUCAGCGCACAUGACGACGAUCCCAGGACUCUUCAAUAAAAAAGGGAACAGUUAAAACAGGUCAUGCACUAUGUGUUUAGACACGUGUGUGUGUGUGUGCGCACGAAAGCAUGUGUGACUGUGACUCUAAGCCUCAUUAAAUGAGCCUCAUACAUGGCUCACUGCUGUAAACAUGCUAAUAUUUCUUAAUGGCAUCCUCCUACAUUGAUAUGCAUGUGAACUCAGGGCCGUUAACCCCCUCCUCUCCAACCAACCCCACCCUGCUGCUCAUCAACAAAGACCAACACACACAUGCACACUCUCCCCACCAUUACAGGGCCCCCUGGCUCUCUGUUUUUCCAUUAAUAUCAAGUGAUUGAGCGUAACAUUAGCCGAUAAAGUGGAGACUAAGAUGACAUAUAAGCCGUGGAUGGAGGAAUUAAAGCCUAAUAUAAUCAGUCGGCCUUGCGUCGGGAAAAACUGCCGUUCGUCACUACGCCUGACAUUUUGAUUUCUGACGUUUCUAGCACAAGGAGCGAGCAGCAGCGGCGACAGAUGGAGACUGAUUUCUCUUUUAAGUAAGAAGAUACUUAAGUGAUUAUUCAUAAGGUUCCCGCAUACACACUUUAACCUGGCACACAUAAAUACACACUUCAAAAAUAAACAUGCAUGCACAGCAUAUUGAUCCUCCACCUCUUAGGAAGGAGGUGUGUGUAGGUGUGAUUACGGGUGAGUGUGUCUUUAAGCCCUCGGUCCGGCUGGUUAUUUUCAGAGCAAGAGGAGAGCACAUCAGUUUUUAUUAGCUUAAUAAAUCACCUUUGUUGUCAAUCAAGCAGCAGAGAAUAAUUGGAUAUGGUUGAAGCCUUGCGUGAUGGAUUAUAAAUCAUUCAAGAUUAAAUUAAAAGAUAAUGCACAAACUUAAUGGUUUGUGUUUUGCAGUCUAAAUUGCCUCGGAGCAGUGCUGUUUUCCAGCUUUAUUGCCAGCCGUUUUUCUUUGCUCUAAACCCCCUCACAUUUUAGACCUUUUAUUGCAAAGACAGAGUCUCUCUGCUUUUACAUCUGUCUUCUGUUUGUUUUUGAGGAGUCCUCUUACUGUGGGUGCAGGAUGUUGCAGAUGUGCAUUUACAUGACGGUUUGGCCCACAUUGUUUUGUUAACAUUUAAAAAGCCUGAAUCUGUCUUUGAGAGGCUUUCAAUCAGCUUACAGCAGAUGCACCUCAGGCCUAAAGCAAAAAAAAGAAAAGGAAUAACUGAGGUGGCGAAAAAAAAAAAAAGAGAAGGAAAGAAAGCGAUACCCAGAGAGGCAGGCAGGAAGAGAUGGAGAAAAGAGCUAUAUCAUGUAUAUUAGGCUCCGGCCGCUGAAUUUAAGUGUGUCCGUUUGCGUUGGAACAGAGCGGGCGUUAUCAUAAUCGCCUCCUGCCUACUUGACAGGACCUUAAAGUGAUCCUGUCAUUUUAUUUACACCAAGACCACUGCGUGAUUUACCCAGAAACACACACUCACACACAUGCACGCACAAACCUUCCCCUUCCUAACUUCCCCAGCGAGCUCAGUGGAGUAGGUCGGAUGACAUCUUUUGAUCAGAGCUGUCCAAAGAGAUCAGAGCAGACUGGCAGGUAAUAGAUACCCAGCAACUAACCAGACUGCACUGCAGAGAGUGUGUGAUUUCUGACAAAGUGCAUGUGUGUGUGCGUGCGAAGGUAGAAGACACAUAUAUCUCUACUCUUUAUUCUUACCAAUCCUGCUGAAAUAGCAAAAGCACUAGGAUUACUGCGCUGGCACACCGUUUCUAUCCAAACGUCCUUGUUUUCAGUUUCUUCUCCGUAUACUUGUAUGUGCACCUUCACCUUCAUGAGAUGUUUGAUUGUUUUUUCUUUGUGAGUGAUUAAUUCAAGGAACAGGAAAUGAUCUUAUUGGUAAAAGUGGAGGAAAGAGUUUGGACGUGUGUGAGGAGAAUUCAGGAUAGUGAGACGAAAGGUGAGCAGGUGAGGACAGAGGGAGUUCUUGCUCGAUAUGGUCUCGCUGUUAGCUAACUCUGCACAUCUUUGACUUCGUUAAGUUGCAAGUAUAUGUUAUUUAAAGCUGCAUUUAAACUGUCCUUCCCACACAAAAGUAUCAGACACACUUAUUAUUUUUCACUUUAUCGUGCUACUACACAGUUUUUAAUGAGUAAAGACACAAUGAGCACUGAUUGGUGCUCAGAGUGCAGGGGUAAGAAUACAUCAGUUUGAGUUAUUUUGUAUUCUUUUUCAAGCCCGAAGCAUGUAUUAUCAUUCAAGCAUCUUAGUUUUGGCUAGUACCGUAAGGUUCAAAAUGAAAUAUAUAACAGAUAGUGAGCACCUUAGAAUUAACGUCAAAUAUUAGAUUGGUUCACUGUGUGGUCUUGUGAUCAGUAGAGCAGCAUCGGUGCAGUAUUUAUAACGUGUACUUGUCUACAGCUGUUUCCAUGUUUCAAGUCUAAGGCAGGAUAUUUACACCCCUUGAGCAUCUUAGUACAAACAUCUUAAAGGGGUGAUGGUAGGACCAAGUGGUUCCCGGCAUCAAAGGUGGUGACAGAGACGUUGCAGAGGCGAGGAGAGAUCACUUUGCACUGACGGAGCAGGCAGAAGGAAACAGCACUCUGUAUGUAACUGUGUAUGUAAAGAAUAUUAUGUUCAUGUAUAGCAGUGAUUAAAAUGUGAAUCACACUCUUAAAUACCGGCUUUGUAACAGUCCUGCUACACUGAGUACAAAAACACUCUGCAUAGGGGUUCGUCUAGGUUCUUGAAAUGUUCCAAUUCAUGGUCAUGACCCAGUCAUACUCUCUAACCUUUAAUCCCUCCAUCCAUCCCUCUUCUCCAUGUUUGAUUGAUCCAUCCAUCUCUCUGUUGUAAAGACAGGUAUCUUUGUUCUUAUACCUCAUUUGUCAUUCCUCUACAGCUCCUCCAUAAUUAACCAGCAGCUUUACAGUCAGAGCGGGGUCACAUACAGCACAGCACUGCUGAUGACAACUCUGUGUGUGUUUGCACACACGCAUGCAUGCAUGCAUACGUACGUGUGUGUGUGUGUGUGUGUGUGUGUGUGUGGGGGGGGGGGGGGUAAAAUAUUCACCUCUCUCAUGUGUGCUCAGGAUGCCAAGAGUCAGACAUCGCUGGAAAUCCUGACUUGAUAAUUAGUUUGCACACACUUUAUUCACAUUUUUGGAAAGAGCACAAUUUUGUUGCUUCAAGACCACACUACACUGACAACACAAAAACACACAUAAAUGCAAAUGCACACACACAUACAUCAGGGAGUGUGUCAGUAGUGCUCAGCCCAGGCGUACACCCUUGUAUUGGCAGUGUAACAGCAGCAUGUAAAUACACUGUCAGCAGCUCCCCAGCUGAGUGGCAUGGGGAGAUGAUUAGCCAGGCUGUACUCACACACACACACACACACACACACACACACACACACACACACACACACACACACACACACACACACACACACACACACACACACAAACAUGCAAACACACAAACACAAACAUUUACGGACAUAUACAAACGUGCUACAACAGCCUUGGUGUCUCUAAAUAAUCGCAGUAUUUCAGUUUGCAGACAGACACACUAACUGUUGCCACUCCAAAUCUAAUCUCCUCUCCCUCUCUUUUCUUUCUCUCUCUCUCUCUCUCUCUCUCUCUCACACACACACACACACACGCACACACACACUCACUGUAAAAAACGCCUUUAUGCUGUAUAUGCAAAUAUUAUCGCAGCAUUUCGAAAGGCAUAUUCUGGACUAUGGUGCUGUUCAUUACUUCUUAUCAGUGUGGAGCUAGUUCAUAAAAAAAUAUUCAUAUACAGUACAAACAGAUACAUGUAAAAGAAGGAGCAUUUUAAAUGGGAACAGCAAAUAAAACUGGAGUCACUAACUGCUGCUGUGAAAUAUGGUACAGAAUUAAACCAAGAAGAUAAACAAGCACAGACCAAGAAGUAAGGGUAGUUUUGUUUUUCACAUCACAGGACUGAUACACGACUUAAACCUACAACUUAUUUAGCAUAAUCAAUUAAAACUUAACGUUAUUUUUCAUGAGAAACUAUCCAGUGCUCAGCUUAAAGUAAUAAGUCAUCACAUUUUAAUUUAAAAAAUUUCCUGGGAGUUUAUUGUAUUAUCACCAAAUUAGUAAAAAUGCUUGUUUUGUUUACCUGAGUUUUGUUUUUAUUCAGAAUACGGUGUUAAAAUGCACACAGAGAAACCUGGUUAUUUACAUCCAAAGAAUACCUGCAUUUUUUUAUUUUUUAUUUUACUUCUCUUUGUGAUGUUCAUUUUUAAUUACACAAACUUGCAAUUUUGAAGUCUGCGAAAUUUAGACCUAUCAUGUUUUGAGACUCUUAAAGGUACACUGUGUCGUAUUUAUCAGAAUUAUUAGAACAAACUAAGUAUAAAUGGGAUUAAAUAUUCAUUAAAUUUUUAGAUCAGUAUAAAAUAACCUGAAAAUAAUGACUACCUUUUUCUUUUUUUUCCCCUUGUUAACUCAGAAUGACCAUUUUAAAUUAACAUAUAGAGGGGGUCCUUUCCGAUGGAGGCUGCCAUCUUUCUACUGUAGCCAAAAACAGACAAACUAGUAACAGAUGUAUUUUCAUAUUGAGUAAAAUGCACCAAAAGAAACUGUCCCGAGAGUAAAAACAUGACCAUUUCAGGAUCAUACCAAUCCUGUAUCCCAGGAGCUUCUUUUCCUUGAAGGCUACUGCUGCUUCACCAAUGGGAGGAGUGAGCAAGGAAGCUCUCCAGUUUAAUAGUCAAGUAUUGGCAUUUCUACACGCUGUACCUUUAAAUCUCACCAUCGCACCGCAGAUAUGGUGAAUGGAGAAGAAUUAAGAUAUACGUUUUACACAUGUCCUCUACUCUAUUUUUACCGCCCCUCUGUGAGCCUGUUCACCACAGACUCAAAUAUGGAUACACUCAUUGCUGUUGCCAUGUUUGUUUUGCUGACACGUCACUUGGCUGCAGCUGUACCUGUGCAGCAGCUGUCAGAAACAAGGAUAUGAUCUUUACAUGCAUGAAUAUAAAAAAUGGUUACUUAAACAAACCUGAUUAAAAACUGGAAUACUCAUCCGUGUAAACAAAGUAAGUUUAUGGCACUAUGACUAUUAAAUUAAAACCUCUGUGAAAAAUUUCAUCCACAGAGUCUCCUAAGACUGAAAUUCAGAUGGAUAGCAUGAGUUGAUAUGUAAUGUAGAGACUUCAUCAUAAGCUUUAUACUGUUGUAUUUACCUCUGAUAUCUGUGCACAUACAGUGUUCAAAUCAAUACUGGAGAAUGUUUUAUUGCAGUUUCUAUCAGAGUCACUCCGGACUUUUACCUCUUUAAGGUUUUUCUCAUUCUCAUAAAUGUUCGAUUUUGGCCCACAGCCGAGAUCUGCCUACUCUAGAUCUUUUGAAGUGAACUUACACACACACACACACACACACACACACACACACACACACACACACACUACUCGAAAGGAUUUGGAAAAAAAAAAUGUUCAUUUUGAAACAUUUGAGAUGCAUUGACUUGUGCUUUAGAAAUUUCCAGCUGGUAUAACAUAAAAUCAAUACAGCAGAGUGAGUGUAAUGUUACUUUUGAUGACCACACAGACAUAUUCCACGUUUGUACAGGACUAUUGUGGUGAUUUGUUGAUGGCUCAUCUCUCAGUCUGUGCAGUGAUGUUUCUCUCUACAUGGAGAAGCAGUUAUUGCAUCAUAUUUCAGUGAUACUGUAAAUAUGUUACGAGGCGGGAAGUCAUGUUGGCUGGUUGAAGGACUGCUCCAUUCGUCAGGGGUCUGGUCGAUCGAACACCUCCCGGGAUCAAUGGCACGCCUCGCCAAUCCCAAGGCACUGACUGCAGACAGCCAUGCCCCUUUAACCACCCUCGCUGCACACACACACACACACAUAUACGCACACACCCUACAAAUCUGACCGUGUAUGUCAAAUCACAAUAAUUAAGCAUUAUCGAUCUGAGAUUCAAUUAACUUCAUUAAUGUGGGUUGCCCUGCUGAUUGGAGAGGGAUGGGAAAGGAGGAGGGAGGUGGAGAUUAUAGGAUCUCAUCAAGUGGGAAAUGGUGCAGGGGUGGAUUUAAAGCAACACACGUUCCUGAAAAACAAUUUCACACACUCACACAUGAGGUGUAUAAAAGCAGAUUCAGACAGAACAGCUGGUUCAGCUGGGCUUACAGACAUGUCCUAGGCUUUGUUUUGAAAAUGAUGUCCUGUUGGAGGCUGACGUGGACAGUCUGCCUCUCUCUCUGUGUCACACACACUCACACGUCCACCAAUGAGACUGCACGGUCCAGGCAGAAGUGUAAACAGACAGCUCUGACGUGCCUGUGUGUCUGAUAGGGCUGUUAAGUGGUUAUAUAAGCAUGAUAAACUGUUUCCUAACAUCAUAACAUCUGCAGAGAGCAGAAGCAUUUCCUCACUUUACACACACACGUACACACACACGUACACUCAAGUUACUGCAGCUACAAAUCACUGCUUCAUAUUCCGAGUGUUUUGAUAAGUCCAAAUUUUCUGUUCACCUUCAUUUUUGUGGUUUAGGAACAGGAUUUUUGUACAUUUAAAAGCAGGGAUUUGUACUUUUAUACAGACGUCAUGAAUCAUUUCCUCUCUCAGAAACAACUGUGGUGUUCACUCGCUCCUCUCAGUUUCAAAAUCAGCAAUCUCCCCCGGCCUGUUCCUCUGAAAAUGAGAUCAAACCGUCUCCUCCACCCUGCUGACAAUUCAUCUGGAGCUCUGUCUGUCUCUCACUCCUAAUUAAAAGAGCACCUGUAUACCUGUUGUGUUUGGCCCUGGCUCAUUUCGCCCCGGUGAUGUUGUGUGUUUUUGCGCAUGAUCGUGUUCUUGUGUAUUUACCUCGGGAUCCCGGGUCAUUGUGUUGUCACCCUCAGUACCUGGACCUGAGCCAGAGGCCUUGGGGUUCAACUCUGCACAUUCAUGUUUGUGCAUUUGUGUGUGCUUGUGUGUUUGUUUCUGUGCGUGUGGCUGAGCCUUGACUUCCUUCCAAGCUCUGCCACCUUCCUCCUUCUCCUCCUCCUCCUCCUCCUUUUAGCCCCUCACUCUCCUCUCGUCUAUCACACGUAUCUUUGUCUCCUUUUUCCUCUCCUCUCCUCAUUGGUCUGCACUCUAAAUUCUGUCACAGAUGCACUUAGCUAUGAAGCAACAAUAAUACAUACCCAACACAAUAAUGGACAGGGUGUAAAAUGACCCUUUCCCUAUUUUGCUCUUCUCACAUAAAAAUUGAACAAAAAUUGUGAUGUGCCAAGAUUUGAAUGGACUGUAGGGCAAUGAAAAGCCACUUUCCUGAACCCUACAGUGAUAUUUCAGUUAGUUCAGCUGGCCCUGAAAGUCACCACUAGGUAUGUGAAAGGAUCGACAUGGCAAAGCUGAUUCUGAAGAUGGAGUUCCUAUUGGUACCAUAAAAAAAUGUGGAACUUACUACACAAUUAUCCACCAAUUUCAGUAUCUCUAAUUUUUUGAGUAAUAUUAACUUCAUAUUUUUAGUAUGCUCACAAUUGUUUUGAUUGGAUUCUAAACAGUGUGAGGAGCGUUGCAUCCGUUUGCUUCACGGUGCAUCACUCAGGUGCAGUUAGUGCACUCUGAUUGUAAACUGUGGCUAAUUUUGUCUCCCAUGCAUGCUGUUAGGUAAAUAAUAAACAAACUAUGUUCAUGUAUCUCUUUCUCCAGUCUUCUGACCACUUGUACAUCACAUGCAUCAUCCACCCAUUCACACCACAUUCACACACAAACGGCAGAGGCUGCUAUGUAUGGAGUUAGUUUUUGAUGAAACCCAUUCGCAUACUACUGGUCACAGACUGCAAGAGUGGGUGGAGUCAAGAAUCUUUAAGGCUCGAACCCCUGACUCUCCAAUUAGGUGACUCGACCACUAAGCCACAGCUGUCCCAUCAUAGUGGGAGUCUGUGGUUGUAACUAUGCAAAUUUUUGGAGGAUGGUGACCCAACAGAAGCCUGGUUUAGACUUUUUUGUUGACACUACGCCAUAGUGGCCUAAGUCACUGUGGGCACUGAGUACUUGCAUGAAGUGUUUGCAGUCACUUCAGCCUAGUCAGAUUUAUGAUUUCUUUAUUUAUGAUUUAUCUUCAUACAUGCCUGUUUGUGCACUGGAAACCAAGAUGACUGAAUUUGAGUGGAGGAGAUAAAUGUUGCACAGCCAUUGAUCACACUACAAUUAAUGUGAAGGGGAAAAGAAAGGAGACAUUGUGGGAGACUGUGACUAAUGUACAAUAAUACCAGAGAUUCUGUGGAUGCAGGCAAUACAAUGCUACCCAGCAGUCACAUUGCUUUUUUGAUGCAUUAUUACAUUUUUCAAAGCGAUUCAAGCCAGUAAGUAGGCCGCUGUGAAAGUACAUGACCCUAAGGUCUAAAUGAAGACAUAUAGAUAAGCCUCGACAAAGCAAAUUUCAAGCAAAAAGGGCAUAGUUUUUCAAAUAAAAGAGUAUUUUUAAUAAAUUAAGAAUAAUUAACAAUUAAGUUAAUAACAGUGUACGUAUGUUAAACUGAAAUGUGACAUAUUUAUUUUAUGGCGCCACAAUAAAACAAUACAACUUUGCUUUGGUUCAGAAGGUAAACUGAACCCCAUCAAAUCAGCUUAUGUGUAUGUAUGUAUGUGUGAGUGUGCAUAGUAACUUCUAAGUGCUAUCCAUUUACUGUUUUAUUGCCAUAUAGCAGCCACUAAAUGUCACAGUGUUCCAACAUUUCAACAUCCCCUCAUCCAGAAAUCAUGUGUGUGUGUCCAGGUAACAGGAUUCUCCUGCACACUGAGGUUUUAGCCCUUAUAGCACACACUGUUUCCUCUCUGAUCCUCUGCAUGUGUCUGUAUACAGAUCACACACUUGCAGGUACACGCACAUACACACACAGGUAAACACACACAGAUACACACUAUGUUCCCAUCACACAAAAGCAGCUAAUUUGAAGUGGAGUGUGUAUGUUGUGUUUUAAAGGAGAUUUCACAUCGAUGUUGGCCUUGAUGAGAGCGCUGGGCUGCUGUGUUCGGCUGUUUCCUCAGCCAGAGCAUUGUUCUCUUAAACAGCUGUCGUUUUGGCUGAUUCAGAACAGAUGGCAUGUACAUGUGGGUUUGCUCGGCUGCACAUAUGUGCGGGCGGGUGGAUGUGUCUCUGAGACAGAGUGGGGGAGAGGGAGAGAGGCAGGAGGGGGAGCUCUGAGGGGGGAGGGACUGCAGGUAUGUGUUUGAGCGUGUGUGUGUGUGUGUGUGUGUGUGUGUAUACCCGUUUGAUAUUCAUAAAUUUUACACCAUGCAGCUGAAAGAUCAACAAGGUUUGAAAUAGUUUGACUCCACCAAAUCAAAAGACAAACAACACUAACUCAUACAGUGUGGACAGGCGUCAUGUAGCCCUGCAGUUUUUAAAUGCACAAAGCAGCAUCAGCAUGUAAUGUAAGAUAUGAUGUUUGAAGUGUGCAAGUGUAUCCUUUUUGUUCACCUAAACGCUGAAGCAGACUGCAUGUUCUAGAGAAAAGCUCCUGAGAUCGCCUGAAGGCAAAGAGCUGUUAGGCUACAGCAGUUACAGUACAACUGUUCUGUGUGUGUGUGUGUGUGUGUGUGUGUGUGUGUGUGUGUGUGUGUGUGUGUGUGUGUGUGUGUGUGUGUGUUAUUGUGAGAAAGAGAGUGUGUGUGCCAGUUUGUGCAUGUGAUUUGUAAUGGGCUCUGGGAUGUCUGUGUCUCGGUGCAUAUGUUUGUCCCACGGUGGUGUCGUAUCAUUGCCGAUGGCAAACCAGCGGCCUGACAAUGACAAAGACUGCUGUGUGUUACUGCAGAUGCAGAAAUAGCACAAAAACACAACCAUACAACAUGUAGUUUUUACUUAGAAAAUGGAGCUGAUUUCUGUGUAAUGAGUCUGAAUGAUUAUGGAGGCUCAAAUAUAUAUAUAUAUUUUUUUGCCCAUGCUCGCUAACCUGUGAGCAUCGAGGAUGUGAUUGGCACUGGACAAAGAGGCAGGAAACCUCCUCUACCGGGAACACACACACACACACACACACACACACACACACACACACACACACACACACACACACACACACACACACACACACACACACACUCCCUAAUAUACAAUCUAUAAUUUAGAUUUUCUUCCAAUAACAUUUUACUUACAUGUAUAUGAAGUUAUGGGAAGUAUACAGUACAUCCCACAUUUUCAGAACAGAGCCUCUAUAGCUCUCGGCUCUAAAUGGGAAUUCUGCAUUGUGCAUUUGAUUGGUAAAAACGUAAUUAUAGUCAGCACUGAAUGCUUUAAGACUGACUGAGUAACUUCUGUCAAAUUUAUUGAAGCACAGUCCAUGCAAACAAAGAGACCUAACAAACAAAGUCUAGAUUUGGAUCAACAUGAAAGAGGGAGAAGAAAGAGACUUUACUGCAGCUGACCUCUGCAAGAAGAAUGCACAGAGUAAAGUGGUCAUGUUGUGUUUUCACUUGGCACUAAUUUUCUUAGUGCGAAUUUAGGUUCUAAGUUAUAGGCCUCAGUGAUAUCAGAGUUGGCUACAGAUUAGAGACACAUAGGAACUGUGAGUCAUAUGUUAGUGGUACUAUGCAACUUAGACUACCUGUGUAUCUGUGUUCAGUUGGAAAUCUGGAGGUGUGUGUGUGUGCUUUGAUCAGAAGUAGUAGUUUCUUAGCUUUGUGUAGAGUUUUGACCUAAAUGAAGCCAGAGCUUUAGUGAUAGAGGGGCAGAGGAAGAUGACCCAGGCAGUAUAUGCUGUAUUUAUGAAGUGCACAACAAAGGAUAUCGUUAUUAUUAUCAUUAUUAUUGUAAUCAUUAUUGUUGUUGUUGUUAUUAUUAUUAUUAAUAUUAUUAGAUGUGGAUAUUUAAUUUUGUAAAACCCACAUCCUUUUCAUUAUCGUGUGUCUCUCUGAAUUUAUAUAAAGAUUCUGUCUCAUCACUAGUAUACAGGUUACCACGCUAUCAACUGCCAAACUAUUUAAAAAAAAAAUGCACAGCAUCACAAAUACACAGCUAACAUGGCUUAGGGCUUUUAAUUUUAGACCUGUAUUCACUGAGAAUCUCUUAUAUUACUAAAUUACUUAUAACCUCCUUCUUCCAAUCAUUUUAAAGUGUGCAGCAAUCACCACAUUUCUUUGACGUUCAUAUAACUUUUUUUGUUUAGUGGUAGAUUGUGCUGAGAUAUGUGCUUCUGUGCCACACCUAUCCGGCUGACCAGCUUGCUCUGUGUUUACAUACCAGCUGAGAUGAGUGAUGGCCUGUUACAGACAGGAAUGUGAGGCACAAGGCCGCUGACGUUCACACACACGCUCAUCCUCUUUGCCAGUAUAGUAGCUGUGAUAGAGGUUUGUGUUUGCAUGUGUGCCUCUGUGAACUGUCAUGCAGAAACCCCGCUGUAAUCACAGAGUCUGAGCAUGCAGCGUAUCUCAUCUGAUGCUGUUUCAUCUUUUUGAUAGACUUAUUAACAAAAGAAAACAUUCAUAGAUGUGCAAAGAGGCAAAACUGUGAUUUGUCAGGAUACAUAUUUUCUCUGUAUGAUUUCCAUUGUAUUAUACUUAAACUAGAGGGAUUUGAAUAUAAAUUGAAAGCCUCAAGCCCACUCCCUGAAGCUAAACUCUAAAUAAUAACUCUAAACUUUUUCUAAUCUUUGGUAAUUGAAGCAAAUGGGUUUUGCGGGGAGAGAUUUGUUGCAGGCAAACGUACAUACAUUCAUUUUUAUUUACGAGGAGGCGAGGGCUGAGCGGUGUAAUGAGUGAAAAUGCAUGCUUAAUUUAAAUGGCGAGUGUGUCUGUUAGGGAAUGCAUUAGAGUCUGCAGAAGAAGCGUAAGACAUAUUAAUUGACAGACAGGAACCGCUGUCUCCGAGGUUGAUACAAGUAAUUUAUUACUUCAGAAACGAAUGCCACCGCCAGAAUGUGCUUCAUUAAUUUCAAAUUUAGUUUUAAUUUCAAGCUGUUGCCCCUUGAGAAGAAUAAGGUGGCAAGUUCUGUUUGAAGAGACAUUUUUUCCCCUCUCCCUCCCUCCAUAUUUCUCUCUUCGUUCUCCAUCUCUCUGUCUGUCUCUGAUUUUCUGCAGUACAGAACAAAGACCUGGGGGUGGGGAGAUAUGGGGAGGAGGGGGUGGUGACUUAAUUCCAAUUUGAAAACAAUGUCAAUGUAAAAGGGGGGAUUUGGGACAGAAUUACUGCAACAGCUUAUGAUUGGAAAUACUUUGUCUUUGCUCGUCAUUGGAUGGUGGCUCUGUUUCCUGGAGAGCAAGUGUGAAAGUCUGUAUCAUUUGUUUCGAUCAGUUCCCUGCGAGGUUAAGUAACAGGAAUACUCUGUAAAGAUGAAUGUACCGUCAGUGUGAUUCUAACAUAUGUAUCUCUGUCUCUCUUUGUCUCCUCUCUGUCUGAGCAGCAUAUGUCCCUGAAGAUGAGAAGGAAGCAGCGCUGUUGGAUGAGGACCUGGAUGGAGAUGACUCAGGUCAGGAAGGCGAGGAACCUGCUGCUAAAUUCCUGUGUCAGGAUAAGGACUUUAUCCUCAAGGACAGACCAGGAUCCACUGGCUUCCAUGACUCACCGAACGCUGCUGACUUCUCUGGACAGGAGCUGGACAGCGAGUCUCACCUGAGUGAAUCCAGUGACAGGAUGUCAGACUUUGAGAGCUCCUCUCUUAAAAAUGAAGAUGAUGUCCUCCUCUCUAAAGACCCCUCGAAUGUCCUCUCCCUGUCUUCCUCCUCUGCCAUGAUGGCUGCCGGCAACGCUGCCGCCCCAGUAAGUGGAGAGGAGGCCACGUCUGCAACGGCAGGGUCUGUGGCCGACAGCCUGGAGAAAAUGAAGGCCAUCUACACCUCUUUCCUGACCAAUUCCUACUGGUCCACACUGAAUCUGAACCUGAGCCAGCCCCCUGCUGAAAAACCCCCUCGUAGUCACAGCAGCAGCAGUAGCAGCAGCAGUAGCAGUAGCUGUGGGAGUGGAGGCUACGACUGGCACCAGACAGCGAUGGCCAAAACCCUCCAACAGGCCUCACAGAACCAUCAACACAGACUGGGCCUUGUUCAACAUCCCACGAUGGCUGUGUCCACGGCAACUACAGAACCAAACCUCUUUAGUACUGUCCAACUGUACCGUCAGAGCUCCAAGCUGUAUGGCUCCAUAUUCACUGGUGCCAGCAAAUUCCGCUGUAAGGACUGCAGUGCAGCCUACGAUACUCUGGUGGAGCUUACAGUGCACAUGAACGAGACGGGCCACUAUCGAGACGAUAACCAUGAGACUGACGGUGAGGGAGCCAAACGGUGGUCAAAACCCAGAAAGCGUUCCUUACUAGAGAUGGAGGGGAAGGAGGAUGCACAGAAAGUUCUGAAAUGCAUGUACUGUGGGCACUCCUUUGAAUCCCUGCAGGAUCUGAGCGUCCAUAUGAUCAAGACUAAACACUACCAGAAAGUGCCUCUGAAAGAGCCAGUUACACCAGUGGCAGCUAAGAUUAUCUCCUCUGCUCGAAAGAGAGCCCCUAUUGACCUGGACAUUCCCAGCUCCCCUGACUCCAAUGGAGGGGCCACACCAAAGCCCAACUCCCUCAAUGACUCUAAUGACAUACUACAGAAGGUCACUAACCCUUACAUCACCCCCAACAACCGCUAUGGACACCAGAACGGUGCCAGUUACGCCUGGCAGUUUGAGUCCAGGAAGUCACAGAUCCUCAAGUGCAUGGAGUGUGGCAGCUCUCAUGACACUCUGCAGGAGCUGACUGCUCACAUGAUGGUGACGGGACACUUUAUUAAAGUCACCAACUCUGCCAUAAAAAAAGGCAAGCCUAUCAUUGAGUCAACCACCCCAGUUCCAAUAUCCAAUACAACAGCUGAAGAAAAGGUCCAGUCUGUUCCUCUGGCUGCAACAACAUUCUCCCCUCCACCUGCCCCAGUGCCUCCACCAACAAGCAGCUCCCCCACUGCUAUGAUUGUGGAGAUAAAAAAGGAGGAGAAGGAAGAGGAAUGUACCCAAGAGUCCAUUAUCAACAACGGUAAUACUCUUAAGGAGAAGAAGGCAGGAGGUGAUGAGGAGGCUGAGGAGAAGUUUGAUAUCUCUUCCAAGUACACUUAUCUGACUGAAGAGGAUCUUGAAGAAAGUCCAAAAGGUGGGCUUGACAUCCUAAAGUCCUUGGAGAACACAGUGACUUCAGCUAUCAACAAAGCCCAAAAUGGAGCUCCAAGCUGGGGUGGUUAUCCCAGUAUCCAUGCAGCUUACCAGCUCCCAAACAUCAUGAAACUCUCUCUAGGCAACUCUGGGAAGAGCUCUCCUCUUAAAUAUAUCUUCCCUGGUGGGGAGAUUCUCUCUCCCACAAGUAAGAGUCAGCCCCUGAUCUCCCCCUCCAGCUGUCAGACCUCCCCACUCCCCAAAAACAACUUCCACGCAAUGGAGGAGCUAGUCAAGAAAGUAACGGAAAAAGUGGCCAAGGUUGAGGAGAAAAUGAGAGAACCAAUCAGCGCUGUGAGAGGAUCUCCCCUGAGGCGUACCACCCCCUCACCUUGCAACAGUGAGGCAGGGGACUCAGUCCGAGGACAGUCCCCCAAAGAAAACAGAGCAAGAAGCUGUAACACUCCUGAGAAUUUAAGUAGGGUGGAAAAAGGAGCAGAGGAUGGAGGUGGAGCCAAUCACAGAGAUUCAAACGGGGACAUUUCCAUUAAAGAGACUGUGGAGAACGGCAUAGAGUCCAAUGCAAUGACGUCACCCAUACCUGCCUCCCUGUGUGGUAGUACAGCUAUCAUCACAGACCAUCCCCCUCCAGAACAGCCAUUUGUCAACCCUCUCAGCGCCCUGCAGUCAGUAAUGAACGUCCACCUGGGGAAGGCUGCGAAGCCUGCCCUGCCCUCCCUUGACCCCAUGAGCAUGCUGUUCAAGAUGAGCAAUAGUCUGGCAGAGAAAGCAGCGGUGGCUGCUUCCACCCCACCAGCACAGACCAAAAAGCCCAGUAAUGACCACUUAGAUCGUUACUUCUACCAGCACCAUCUGAGAAACGACCAACCCAUAGAUCUCACCAAAGGCAAAAAUGCUGACAAAAACAGCAGCACUGGCUCACUGGGUUCAGCAGCUCUGUCUUCUGCCACCUCCACCCCCUCCUCAAUCUCCCCCUCUGCCACCAUGACGAUGACCAAAGCUUCGGCUGCAGUAGCGACCUUUAUGUCCUCAUCCCCUCUGCGAGAAAAUGCAUUGUCAGAUAUUUCCGACAUGCUGAGGAACCUGACAGAAAGUCAGUCUGUCUCCAAAUCCUCCACACCUACCAGCCUCUCUGAGCGCUCUGACAUCGAAGGAGUGACACAAGAAGAGACUGAAGAUGUUUCACCGGCCCAGAAACGUAAAGGACGUCAGUCAAACUGGAACCCUCAACAUCUCCUCAUCCUGCAAGCCCAGUUUGCUUCCAGUCUGAGACAAACGAGUGAUGGCAAGUACAUGAUGUCAGACCUGAGCCCACAGGAGAGGAUGCACAUCUCCCGUUUCACCGGACUCUCAAUGACUACAAUAUCACACUGGUUGGCCAACGUGAAGUACCAGCUGAGAAGAACCGGUGGCACCAAGUUCUUGAAAAACUUGGAUUCAGGUCACCCGGUGUUCUUCUGCAGUGACUGCGCCUCUCAGAUCCGUUCACCAUCCACCUACGUCAGCCACUUGGAGUCGCACCUGGGUUUCCGUCUGCGAGAUCUGGCCAAGCUCUCUGGAGAACAGCUGCUCAGCCAGAUUUCACAGCAACAUCAACAGCAACGCCACACCAAAGGACUGUCUGAAAAAUUGCUCGCAAAUCUUCACCCAUCCAGCCACCCUUUGCCGUCCUCCCUCCCAACAUCACUCCCCUCCCCCUUACCCAUCUCCCUGCCCUCAUCCUUAAUCAACUCUCUUCCCACAAAUGAAUCCCCGUCACCCUCCCCUGAUAAUGACGAUGACAGUGGGGCCAUAUACCAGUGCAAGCUCUGCAACCGGACUUUUGCGAGCAAGCACGCGGUCAAACUUCACCUGAGCAAAACUCAUGGGAAGUCCCCUGAGGACCACCUCAUGUACGUGAGUGAGCUGGAGAAACAGUAGCACUGACAGGAGACAAUGCUGCACUCUUUUGUAAUGGCUCACUUUCUUGCUCUCUUUUUGCAUUUCACAGACGUUUCUUUAAAAAAAAAAAGGAAGGAUUAUUAAUGUGAUGGAACUGCACAAAGAUGCCAUACAACUACUGCUUUGAGUUUUGGCACAUGGUUUUAAAUUUUGUGUUGUAGUUGCUUUCCGUUUGUUCAUACAUGAGGUCGACUUACUUCUGCCCAAGACACUUGAUUAAACUGAAGACCUUGGACAUGAAAGAGACUUUGGUCGGAGUGCGCAGAUGGGGACUGUCGUCAUGGAAAAGAUAAAGUAUAUGAAGGUUUAAAAAAAUGAGAUUAUAAUAAGAAGUGGUGUGUAUUUUGAAACUUGUGUAAAUGGAAUUAAGGUCCUUUAUUUUUUGGCAUCACUGGGGUGUGAAAAGAAGCAUGCAUAAAUGAAUCUGUUGGUUUAAACAUUUUAUAACAAAAUCUGGUGCACUUUCCAUUUUUUAAAUUAUUUUGUUUCUAGCCCCUUGUCUUUAUCUUUUGUUUUUUUUCCAUUUUUGAGCUGGAGUCUGCAUUUCAAUUUAACCCUCUGAGUACGUGAAAGCACUUCUCCACCUAUGAUCCAAACAAUAUGGACGUCAGAUUAGAGAUUUGGGAAUUCUUGAAGCUGUUGACGGAAUUAGAUGGACAGUGUUUCCCAGACAUACAUGAAAACAUUUAUAAAAGACUGAUCCUUGUUUCACUACAAGUGUUUUUAUUAUUACUAUUAUUAUGAUUAUGAUUAUUAUUGUUAUUAUUAAUGUUUUUUUAUCCAGAGUUCAAUGUUUGUCGAGGGUGCAAGAAUUGACACAAGCAUUCGAGCUUUGUGAUAAAGAAGAAGAAGAUUGAAAACCUUUACUUUGGUCGAUCAGGGACCUAUUUCAAUUCAGGUCUGUGUAAAAUAUGUACAUAAAAAGUAAUAACUGAUUCCUGUCUAAAUUAUGCAUCAUUUCUAUAUUUUUUAAUUUAAAAGGAUUAUGACUAUCUGCUGGUGCACAGUAUAUGACAUGAGAAAAAUUGUUUUGCACAAUAGUUUUAUAAAUGUGUUAUUUAAUCAAAGGACACCGCAGAGAGAAACGUAGCAAAAAGGAUGACAACAGGUGAUUCUUUUCUUCCCCGACUCGUGCUCAAAGGGUUAAAGACUGUUUUUACCAGACACAACUCUACAUGUGCCGCUGUAUGAACACUAAAAAGAUAUUGAAGGUUGUACAAAAAGAUGUGACUUUAUGAAGAUAUUUCACAUGUAAACUGUUAUUUAUAAACACUCUUGGUUGUUUCAUAUUGUUGAAUGCCUUUUUCAAUUGGUCCUACUUUUUUAUUUUUGUUCUGCCUAAUUACUCUGCCAUGAUUCCACACUGCAGUGUUAUCUUUUCGGGAUAUGAAAGGUAACCAUGGUUACACUAACCUCUUGAGUGACAAGUUCUGCUACAUUUUUGGCAGUUAAUUUGCUGAAGUAACUGACAGCUGCCAGUGUAGUGAAAUAAAAAAAGAAUCCUUAUGUGUAAAAUAUCGGCAUGUAAACAGCACAGAUACUGUAAUGCAUUCUGUGCCGUUUGUCUUUUUCAUUUCGUUCUCUCGUUUUCUGUUGUUGUUGUUCUUGACAAUGAUCCCCCCCAUUAUAUGACUUCAUAUAACCUUGUUUUCUACUGCAGCAUUAAAAAAAGGAAACUGUUUUUUGCAAUAAUGUGUGCGCAUUGUGUGUCAUGGCUAUCAAUUAUGUGUGUGCUGUGCAGUCCCUAAUGAGCGCAUUAGACUGGGAGUGUGUCAACGUCUGUCUGUGACGAGCUGCAGACUAGUUUACAGUGAGUGGCAGCCACAGGGCCGUGUGGGAGACAAACACACACAUACACACACUCGUGCACAUAUGCAAACUGACGCCAUCACUAUUGGGCUUUCCCUUGUAGCCUCAUCUGUUGUCCUAGAGGCUUAUAUAGGCAUUAAAGUGUGUAAGUCUAAGGCUAGGCCUGCUGUAAAAAAAAAAAAAAAUGCCACAAUGACAGUUUUUCUUUCAAUAUCAAAGGGAAGCAGAGAGCAUUUGGACUGCACACCUAUGUUGUUCCAGUGUGGAGUAUUAAGAGUAUAAAGACACAGAAGUUUUCUAUACAAACAUCAAGUUUUGAUGUCUAUUUAGUGUUGACCUCCAGCAAGGUAAGCCACCAGGUGAACAUAUUUUUUCAGGGUUUAAGGAGAGAUAACAAAUCAUUAUGACAAUUAUUACAAUUACUGGACUUUUAAUAUAUAUUUAAAUAAGUUAGUUUGAAUGUCACAAAGUCAGAUUAACAUACCAUUAUAAUGUGGUUGUCAAUCAAACCACUAUUGCAUGUAUCCCAGAACUGCAUGUACCAAAUAAUGUGUCUCAUCAAUUAAUCAGACUAAGCAAUUGCAUUUUGAAAUGAUUAGCGUUCCCUAUAUCCGGGCUUAUCAAUGCCCAUGUGACCACUGACAACUAAACUGACAAUUUCCGUAUAAUAAACUUUCAUGUCUGUAACUAUUGUAGAGGAGAGGGACACUGACGAAAGAGUCAGUUUCUUUUUGACAACAAACUUUUACAGUGGUUGAUUAAUUUCCCUGUUAACAACUCUUUGUUAAGGAUGAAACAAUAUGUGCAACAACAACAAAUAAACAGUUACCACUUUGUCCACAAGGGGCGCCCAAUUCAACAAUGAAAAAAUGUUCCUCACGGAAGCUUAAAGCAGAUUUAAAAAAAUAAUAAUAAAAAAAUAAAAACGUGUCUGCAGACACUGCAGGCAGGCUAAUCAAAGUAGGUGCUGUCAAGCAACGCCAACAACCCAGAAAAUGAUAAAACAUUGAAUGACAGCAAAUCAACUUUCAUAGUAACAGAAAACGGUUUUAUAAGCAUUCAGGUAUGAUUAAUCAAAUAAUAGCCACUGCAUGUAUAGUAUGUUGUGUUUGGACAGCCAUUUAGCCUAAUAUAUUUUCUAUUGCUUCCAUAUUAACUCAAAAUCCAUCUAAAACAUGUUUCUGGCUAAUUAAAUGAUGCAUAUCAGCUUAAAAUUUAAACUAUGAAACAAUGGCUGCCAUUAUUAUUAAAUAUGUAUGAAAAAAAAAAAAGGCAAGGUAAUAACAGAAUUUUAUAUUGGCUACCGGCUGACCACUUAUGUGAAUAUUGACAUCAAUAUCGGCCACUUGAAAAACCUCAGUUGACCACUGGUGCACACAGUCCACCUCAAUCAGGCAAUCUGUGCACGCUCAAAUCUAAACAUACAAGGAGGUUAGAUGGAAGAUAAAGAUGAAACUAUCAUAUCAGCUGUUUAAAGUUGUCCUUGUUUUUAUCCUUCUAACAUCUUCAUAGAUCAGCUGGUAGAGGGCCCAUUAGUAACUAGCGGCCAUACUUUUGUACACUGGAAUAGACAGUGGUCCAACGAAAUUGUCUGAUCAAGUAGAAGAUAAAGAGACAGUGGAAAUAAGACAUAUUCUAUCAUCACUCACAGAAACACUCAUAGGAACAUAAGUAACAUUUAAACUUACAAAAAGACACACUUAAUAAAGCAAAGCGACCUCCAUCACUAUAUUAGCUUCACUCUGUCUCCAAUACACUGUUUACACUGUUCUGUGAAAACUCACUGAGGAGCAUCUAUGCAACAGCUUUAUAUUACACACACACACACACACACACACACACACACACACACACACACACACACACACACACACACACACACACACCUCUCCACAGCCAGGUAUAAGGACUUCAUCCGCAGUGACAAGGUGCCACUGUGUGUGAAAAUGUCAGCCUUCCACAGUGCAGCCUGAAGUCUGGCACCAUAUUUAAGGCUCUCAUUAGCCACAAAGAAAAUAUGCGUGAAAUUGAAGUGUAAGAAAACCUCUCUUUCUCUUUCUGUCUUCACAUGAGCUGAGGAGCGGGCUUAUUAAGGCUCAAAAGUAGCAAGCAGAAGGAAACAGGUAUCACUGCUGGGAUAAACACACACGAGGAAAUACAGUAUUUAAACAUUCAUGCACUCACCACAUAUCAUAAUAGUAACAUGACUUAACUUCAAAACAGUCAGCGAAGCAACGAUAAUAACACAUGCUGUUCUUAGGAAAUCAGUUAUCCUGAGCAAAGCACAAACAAGAACUGUUUUAUUCUUUAAAACAACAUGUACAUGCACAAGACUAUAUUUUCUUAGAUCAGCAUAACCCUACUGUACACAUAUAUAACAACCCUGAAUGUAAACAGCUGUGGAAAAGCUGAUAGAAAAAGAAAUGGAUGGUUUGCAAAUCAUUUAACCUUUACACUAAACUGUGUAAAGAGAACAUAACAAGGUUUUGAUCGUGGAAUAUUUUAUUGGCGUAGAUAAAUUAUGUGCUCAUUCUUAAUUUGAUGCUAUAACAUGACUCAAAAAGUUAAAACACUGAAAAAGAUGUGAAAUACUAAAAAAAAAUAACAUCUGGAGGAACAUCUCCAACAAGUGAGGUGAAUUUCCAACAGGUUAGUAACAUGACUGGGUCUAAAAAGGACAUUCAGAGAGGCUGAGUCUCUCAGAAGGAAAGAUGUGAAGAGGUUCACCACUCUGUGAGAGACUGGAGAGACUGUGUGAGCUAAUAGUUCAACAGUUUCAGAAUAAUGUUCUUGAGUGUCAAAUGUUAAAGAAUGAGUGGAUUUAAUCAUCUACAGUACAUCAUAUCAUUCAAAGAUUCAGAGAAUCUGGAGAAAUCUCUGGACUAAAGGGACAAGGACCAAAACCAAGACUGGAUGGUCCUGAUCUUCAUCCUCAGGAAGCACUGCAUUAAAGACAGACAGGACUCUGAAGUGGAAAUCACUGCAUGGGGUUAAAAUCACUUCCCAAAAGACUUGUCUGUGAACACUAGUUCAUCACUGCAGCCACGUUAGGCUCUAUGCACAGCCCCACGACUUCCUGAACUUGAGACAGCUCCUUUAUUUCCAGUCUUAUGUUAUUGGACCAACUGAUUAAUCCAGGUGUGACUGAUCACUGUGACUGCUCAGACACACCUGGAUUAAUCAGUUUGUCCAAUAACAUCAGAUAGGAAAUAAGAAGCAGCCUUGAGUUUAGGAAGUAGUGGAUUAGUGCAUAGAGCCCAUUGCAGGUUAAAGUGAACCAUGUGAAAACUCCAGUAGACUUUGUUUUGUUAAUUUAUUAAAUAUUUGAUGCAUUUACAUUGUAUCAGACCUACUCUGAGGACUGCAUGGAAAAAAAAAAAACAUACAGUAGGACGUUUUCUGAAAUGUAAAAGGACUGCACUGCCUGCAGCCAGCUCUGCCACUGAACAUUAACAUCUUAAUAGUGGUUUUGGAGAUGGUGCUAUGUGCCAACACACCACACCCUCAUUGUAGCGCACACAAUGCAACCGUCACAAUCCUCCACAACAGUAAGCUGCUCACAGGCGCUUGAGAAAGGUGUGCUGCAGAUCCAGAUAGCUUUAUCUGUAGCAGGGGGCUGGUGGG